AAAUGAUGGUAAGUAUUAUAGUAGGGUUUUCCCAGGAAAUCGACAACUUUAAAACAGAGACCUUGCGCCUCUUCCGCAUCAUUUUCAUCGGCAUUUUGUUGUUUACCUAAGUAAACUUGAAAGUGCGGCACGAAGUAAGUUUCAGAAUCGGCUAACAUCCAAAUUUUGAUACCAAAUUUAUUCGGUUUUUUAGGCAUAUAUUGCUUGAACGAUAAACGACCAUUAAAUUUAAUCAAACCCUCAUCAAUCGAAAUAUUUUUUCCAGGCACAUAAACAUCUUGAAAAGCAUUUUCGAGCUUUGAAAUAAGGGCCCGAAUUUUUGUAAGUUUAUUGGUUGGGUUUUCUUACCGUGGGUUCGAAAUAUGAAAAUACUUGUUCAAAAUAUGGAAACGUUUGGAAGGCAUUGUUGUUUUAAAGCCGGCAUUUCCUAAAAAUAAAUUUGAAUCCCAGUAUGACCGGAUUUUUGGAAGUUUGUUUAUUCCCAUCAAAAUAUUCAAGCCAAAAAAUGCAGACAUUUCGUCGCGGUCGGUUAUAAAAUUUGGAUUGUUGCAUUUUGAACAGGCGUACGAAAUUGUAGCAUGCACAAUGAGAUCGAAAAACGCAUCGCCAAAAAACAAGUCGAAAAAGUCCUUAGGGGAAGCGUCUAAAUCCAACCCAUGUCGAGGACCAAAGUCGGCAGUAAAGUCUUCAACACUAGACACUACUUAAAUUAUCUUUCCAUUCAAAAAUACCAUCAAAACUAUCGUUACUUAUCUCGCUUCCACUUUCACUCACACUAUCGCUGUCGAGUUGAACUUCGAUGUCAGAAAAACUGUGAAAGUCCUCUUCAUCGUCGUCCGAAUCGCCCGCUAUGUCUCUUGACGAAACCGCCGAUGUUCCCGCUGUGAUAGGCCGUGUUUCUUCAACCGUUUCAUCGAUUAAAAACCCCUCAAAAUCGCUUUCGUCCUCACUUCUGUCGAACAUACUAAGUGCUUCAGCCAUAUUUAAAAAAAAAUUCGCAAAAAGGUGUUUUAAAACUCUCGUAACUUGGACAAUAUUAACUGUACAAGCUUGCACAAGGUCUCAUUUGAAAGAGCGGAUUCAGGUGUUUUUAUAGGUGCCCGUUGCUAAGCAACACGAAAUGCAUGUUUUUAGCAAUCGGCCAAUGAAAAUGGCGUGUCGUUUCGGGCGCAUUCGGGCGCAUUGCCGCUUCCCCCUUGCCAAUCUCAGGGCGCAUUCGGGCGCAUUGCCGCUUAAUGAGUUAAUAGUAAAAAAGGUAGGGAUGAGCCGAUUAAUCAGUACGGAUGAGCCGAUUAAUCAGGCUAUUUGCCGAUAUUCGCAAUUUUUUUCGUUUUUUUAAGAAAAAUAACUCUAUAGUCUAGUAAUCUACACUCCGUCUUGUUUUUGACACUUUUGUUGUGCGUAUUUAAUCCCAUAUUGUAUUACUCGAGGGAAUAAGACCACUUGUAAGUUAAAAUCUUAUCACUGUAUCUUAAACACAAAAUCACUGAAAAAAAUGUAGCCAGUUUUACUGUUUAAAUACACAUUAAAGCCUUUAAAGAAAUUAAAGGCUCGAAAGUCGAGGUGUCUAGACAGUAUAGACAUCUAGUCUACUGACGUGACGUGGAGUGUUUUAAAUUUCUAAAACUAAUAUGUCAAUUUGUGGCAUAUACAAAAGUAUUACAGUUGAUUUCACGAAACUUUGGCCACGCCAGUUGCCAGGUUGGUUGGGAAUUUGGGAACUAUAAACACGCGUCAUUGUUGUGUUCUAAUAGCGGAAGUACGUAGUAGACGGAAGUGAACUUGGGAGUGGGAUUCGAGGAAGAGGACUUACGGGGAAGGAUGGACACAGAGACACAAGGCAUAGAAGAAGCGAUAUAUAUAUAUAUAUAUUUCAUAGUAGUUUCCUAUAAGUAUUAUCGUUUCUCACAAUAUAGCAUUGGUGACAAGGAUAACCUCAAUAUUCGAUUACUGUGGCUGGAUUAGAUUUCUCGGGAAUUCAACAGUUUGAUCCUCAUUCAGAGCCAAGUUCGCUGGCUUCGCAGUGGAAAGAAUGGCUGCAACGAUUCAAAGGAUGUAUAGUUGCUUUUGACAUCAAAGACAAAGCAAGGAAACAAGCUCUAUUGUUAUACCUGGCCGGUCCAAAGGUGGAAACAAUAUUUGCCAUGCUCUCUGAUACGGGAGAAGAGAACGACUUCAAUAAAGCCAUAGAGAAAUUGGACAGAGUAUUUCGCGCCGAAGAAAAACAUUCUAUACGAGCGACAUAUUUUUCCCCAAGUCAGCCAGCGAUCUGACAAAACAAUUGACCAAUUCUGUACACGACUGAGACAUUGUGCCUCGACAUGCAAAUUCAAUAAUGUAGAGGACGAGAUUAAAAUGCAAAUCGUGAAAACUGCAGGUCUAGUCGACUCUGAAGGAAAGCAUUUUGGGAUGACCCCAAGCUAGAUGAUUUGAUUAAAUACGUGAGAGCACUGAAAUUUCUGAUCACCAUGCUGAAGAAAUGGAAAAGCAACACCGUCAGGAGGCUGUGUAUCAAAACACCAGACGAGAUUUUCCGCCAACAGAUAUAAAAGGUAAACAAGCACAAACUUGUUAUAAUUGUGGAGGGACAUACCCGCACCAAGGCAGGCCCUGCCCCGCUGCAGGCAAAACCUGUCAUAAUUGCUCAAAAACUGAACAUUUUGCUGGAGUUUGUAAGUCUGAACAAAAACCAAUCUCUCGAAAACCUCGAAUGCCUCAGGACCAAUAUAAAUCGAAGGCAAACAAGUUGAAUACUUUGAACCAAAAUCGGCAACAGCAACCACUCCCUACUGAGCGAACAGUACAAGGUGAACCGGAAGUAAGCGACGGUGAUAGCAAUGAGGAUAUAUUUGCUGUUUCGAGAGCCAAGAAAGUGAAGCAACCACCCAUGACAAAACUCAAAAUUAAUGGGGUGAAAGUAGAGUUUUUGAUUGACACCGGAGCUUCAGUGAACAUUUUGACACAGAAGGACUAUGAGUUUCUCUGUACAAAUUCAAAGGACCAAAUCUCUUUACGAAAGACUAAAACUAGAAUCUAUGCAUUUGGCUCUUCAGAACCAGUUGAGUUGAAAGGAAAGUUUGAAGUUCUAGUUGACUCACAGCGUCGUGUUGCUGCUGCUACAUUUUAUGUCACGAAGGGAACUCAAGGCACUACUUCAAUUCUCGGUUGUGAGACAUCUACUAAGUAUAGGUUAUUUUGAGGCAACAAGGGGAUAUGUGAUUUAUUCAUAUAUAUGAAUAAACACAUAUCCCCGAGGUGCCUCAAAAUAACAUACUUAUUUUUCACACUGUGAGGUCGCAUUAAUGAGUAAGAAUAGAAAUAAUUCUUAAUGCCAUAUUGCCUUCGUUAUGUUGUUUUUUCUCAUUUUUUGUGCUGCAAAGACAUUGCAGGUGAAUAUUAGAGGGGAUUAUUAAACGGAAAUUGAUUAGAGGGGAAUAUUGAAUAUAUUCCCCGAUAAGAACAAAGGAAACCGAGCAGGGUGAAAAAUAAUUUGCGUUUGAUUACCAUGAAUGUUAAUUCUGUGUCGAAAGUAUCGGAAGUCAAGUCGGACUCUGGAACUGAUAAGAGUAGCUGUGAUUUGGAUGCAAGUAAAAGAAAACCUAUUGAAAGGUAGGCACCCUAAUGUAUUUACAGGAAUUGGUAAACUAAAGGGGCAUGAACAAAAGAUUCACAUAAAUACCGACGUACCCCCUGUUACCCAAACGAACAGGUGUGUUCCAUUUCAUUUACGCAAACAGACACCUGGCUUGACGAUUACUUACAAAAAGAUAUAAUUGAGCCUGUACUGAUGAGAGCACUGACUGGGUGAGUGGACUAGUUCUUGCACCAAAACCCAGAAACCCCAAUGAAGUAAGAGUAUGCGGUGACUACCGCCAAGCAAACACAGCUAUAAAAAGAGAAAAACACCCAAUUCCUACAUGAUGAACUGAUGGAAAGUAUGAAUGGGGCAAUUAAAUACAGUAAGAUUGAUUUGAAGGCUGGGUAUCACCAAAUUCCUCUUGAGAAUAGUUCCAGGUCCAUAACUACAUUUAUUACCCAUCAUGGGUUAUUUCGCUAUAAACGAUUACCUUUUGGUAUCAACUCAGCCAGCGAGGUAUUUCAUCAUGCUAUCCAGAAUGCCAUUUGAGGGAUAGACGGAGUUCGUAACAUUGUGGAUGAUAUAAUUGUUUGGGGAUCAACACAACAGGAACAUAAUUUACGGUUAGAGUAGUUAUUUGGACGCUUAGACAAGUCCGGCUUAACCGUAAAUAAUGACAAAUGUCUAUUUGAUCAGAGAGAACUUUGGUUCUAUGGCUUUCUCCUUACUGAUUCAGGCAAAAAAGCUGAUCCAAGUUAAGCAUGCUAAGGAACCGAAGUACACAAAAGAACUCCAUAGUUUCCUAGGGCUAGCAAACUAUUGUUCCAGAUUCAUCAAGAACUUUUCAACUCUUACAUCCCCCAUGCGAGAACUUACUGUAGCCAAAACACCCUAUGCAUGGACACCUAGACACACAGCAGCAUUUGCCACUAUUAAAGAAGCUAUACAGAAAGACUGUAUCAUGCAUUUUUAUGACCCAAAUCAGAAAACAUGCCUAACAGUCGAUGCAAGCCCCACAGGUCUUGGAGCAAUAUUGUUGAACAUUGACAGACAGGGCAGGUAAUUUGCAUAAUGUAGCAUAUGCCAGUAGGUCACUCACUCUAACUGAAGAACGGUAUUCACAAACUGAACAUGAGGCCUUAGCCGUCGUCUGGGGUUGCAAACGGUUUCACAUGUACCUAAUUGGUGAAGAAUUCACAAUUUGCACCGAUCACAAAGCCCUUGAGGUAAUUUAUUCACCCAAAUCCAAACCACCUGCUCGGAUCCAAUGGUGGGGCUCUUCACUUACAACAAUACAAAUUUAAUAUAAUAUAUCGCAAAGGCAACGCUGCUGAUCUACUUCUAGACAACCACUGCCUGUAGUAUACACUGAAUAUUGUGACAUUGCUGAACAGUAUAUCAAUUUUAUAGAGAAGGCCAUGAGUAUCGAGUCCAUUAUUGCAGCAACUGCUGUUGAUCCAGAAAUGUAAUCAGCGAUUGAAAGUAUCCAAGCAUCAUCCCUUUUAUGCGGUGAGAGAACUCACUGUCACACCAAACAGUCUCUUGCUCCGUGCAACUAAGUUGAUCAUUCCAACAAGGCUUAGAAAUGAAACCAUGACACAUGUCCACAAAGGUCAUCAGGGCAUUGCCAAAACAAAACAAGCCCUGAGGACGAAAGUGUGGUGGCCACGAAUUGACAAAGAUGCAGAAGAGUUUAUUAAGCAUUGUCACGCAUGUCUCUUCAACAACACAAAUUGCCCUCCAAACCAUGGGAUAGACUUCACAUGGAUUUUUGCGGUCCAUUUCCCACGGGGGGGAAACACUUUUUGUUGUCAUUGAUUCAUAUUUCCCAUAAUUGGAAAUAAUAAAAUCCAUUACUGCCAGCGCCGUCACAAAUCGCCUGGACAGAAUUUUUGCAGCUCAUGGCAUUCCCACUGAAAUCUACUCGGACAAUGGUCCACCGUUUGCUAGUGAUGCAGUGAAGAAAUUCAUGCGAAAUCGUGGAAUAAAUCACCAGCUUGUAACACCUUAUUGGCCACAGGCCAACGGGGAAGCUGAGUCAUUCAUAAAGCCCCUCGGUAAGGCUGUAAAAACAGCGAAAAUGGAAGGAAAGGAUUGGAAAGAAGAGCUACAUGGUUUUUUGUUAGCUUACAGAACUACACCACACUGUACCACCGGCAUACAUAUCCAAUAUUACGAUACGCAACGAAUGGUAAAAAUGUUGUAACCACCGGUAAAUACGAAUACCGAUUCGUCACCUGCAGUGCCAAAAGAAACAUGAUCUCAUUAUUAGGAUAUUCACCGACGGUAUGCCGCGGUGAUAGGAUUCACAAUCUGUCAUCUGCAGUGUCAAAAGAAUCAUGAAGAGAUGAAACAUAAUCUUAUCUUAAUUGACGAGUACAGGCUUUCUAUAACGCCUGGAUAUGACUUCAUGAGUUUGCUUCAUUUUUAAGAAACAAGCUUUGGACGCUUUAUAUAAACGCACUGACAUUUAAAACACCAGACCGUGCAUUUAAAUAUUAUCAUGUCUACAUGAGUUUGCUUCGUUUUUAAGAAACAUGGUUUAUAUACCGGGUUGGCGCAAAAAAAAGUUAACCUGUUUGAUUUAUUUUAACUUAAAAACUAAAAGUGCUAUUACACCUAAACUACGUGCAUUGCAUUCAGUAUUGUCUAACUUAAAUUUUGAUAUACGCCCUGUGCAAUUUCGUGCAAUAUUGACCGAGAGAGCUGCGUUUAAUCUUGAAUAAACAUUUUGGGAAGUGUCGAGAAAUAGCUAAAAACGGCCUGUUAAACUAAUUUGACAACCGUUACUAUUUUAUCGUAAAUAUUUGUUUCAAUGAAGUGAAGUUUAAAUUAAAAUGUUUAUUGGAUGGAUGUGCUCUUUUAUUUUUGUUUAUAAGGUCUUUGGGAAUGCAUGAAAAUUAAAUUAUGAAGCAAUUUUGAUUAAAAGGUUUAUUCUAAAUAUUCAAUGACCCUGGGGAAUCAAAUUCUAAUGUUCCAAGAAAGAAACGUCAAGUGUUUUUUUUAUAAAUACGACUCGUUUAACGCAAGGCCAAAGAGUUUCAAUACAUGUUUAGAAUAUGCAAGGGUAAAUAAUGCUCGUGAGGUUUUCCUGGAGGUGUUGGGCUGGUCUCUGACAAUGAACGCGUACCUUCUGACUAUAGUGCGUCUAAGCACAGGUUAUUGCUGUAUUAAAUAUUUGAUAGGCCGUUUUUGGCUAAUUCUCGACACUUUCAAAAAUGGUUACUCAAGUUUAAACGCAGCUCUCUCGGUCAAUAUUGCACGAAAAUUCACAGGGCAUAUAUCAAAAUAUAAAUUAGACAAUACUGAAUGCAAUGCACAUAGUUCACGUGCAAUAGCUCUUUUAGCUUAUAAGUUAAAACAAAUCAAACAGGUUAACUUUUUUUUGCGCCACCCGGUAUACGCAUUGAUAUUUAAAACACCGCAGUCCAUGCAUUUAAAUAUGAUAUGUCUUCAUGAGUUUGCUUCGUUUUUAAGAAACACGCUUAGUUAGUUAUAUAAAUACAUUGAUAUUUAAAACACUAGUCCAUGCAUUUAAAUAUAUAGGCUACGCAUUGAUAUUUAAAACACCAAGUCCGUGCAUUUAAAUAUGAUAUGUGUUCAUGAGUUUGCUUCGUUUUUAAGAAACACGGUUUAUAUAUACGCAUUGAUAUUUAAAACACCAUGAGCCCGUGCAUUUAAAUAUAUGUUUUUAUGAGUUUGCUUCGUUUUUAAGAAAUACGCUUAGUUAUAUAUAAACGCAUUGAUAUUUAAAACACUAGUCCGUGCAUUUAAAUAUGUGAUAUAUACUAAGAGAUGUUUGCAAAAUUAACGUUGGGAGUUGAACUUCGCCUAAUCAUGUUUUCUAUUUAUUGCAUGAUAGGGGUGUGAGGGGGAGUUCUCCGCCAGGCAAUUGUGCUAUUCUUGAAGCUCCAUGACUGCAUUUCUUCCAUUUUCUGAAGCAAGUUCUUAAAAAAAUUGCACUAACAUUUCUGACAAUUCGCUAUUUCGCCAAUGCAAUCCUUUAAAUUGAAAGGGCACCUUUGCCCCCCUUGUCCCUCCUGGUAAAGGGCAACGGGGGUGGCUGGCCCUCCUGCCCCCCCCCAGUUCUGCCGUCCCUGAUGAUAUAUCUUUAUGAGUUUGCUUCUUUUUUAAGAAACGCGGUUUAUAUACAUACGAAUUGAUAUUUAAAACACACAAAACUCUGCCCCACUAAAUAUAUAUGAUACAUAUACUUCAUGAGUUUAAACGCACCAUGAUCAGUAUUUAAAACACAUUCAGUUGGUGCAAAUAUAUGCAUGAUAUACUUCAUCAGUUUGAAUGAAAAUGCACAAUGCAAGAUGUAACUAUAUUAAAAUUUAAGUCCAACAUUACAUAGUAACUAGUUUAUCAAAGAAGGCAAAAAUAUAUACAAGACAACCUCACAUGUGGAAUCUGUUCACUUACACACAGCCUUGUGAUGCAGCAGGCAUGGAUUUUCUGGGGGGUAUGCAGGCCUAGAAAACAAGUUUUGUUAAACAUUUUCCUUGGCCUUUCUGGACGUUGCCACCAGGCCCCGGUCAAAGCAAGCAGCAGCACCCCCCAGAUAUUUAUUCACACCCUCCCCCGAACGAAAAUAUGAAAAUCCGUCUCUGUGAUGCAGUACAAAUACAAAUGACAAAGCAUUGUUAAUUAAGGCAUCAAAUCCUAAAACAUAAUUAAAUGAUACGGCACAUUUAAGAUUUUAAUAUCAUAUUUUGCUGCGUUUAUACUGCUUGGCGUGCAUUUGCUGCGUUAUAUUAAUUUAUAUAGCUAUGUUAUAUACACAGAUUUAUUACUAAUAAAUCAACACUAUAUGAUAAAUACAACUCACAAAGUGCAGACACCUUUUUAUAAAAUAAACCUUUAAAAGCAUGUCAUUGUGGACCAGAGGCAAAAAGCACAGGACCAGAGGCAAAAAGCACAGGACCAGAGGCAAAAAGCACAGCCCCAUGCCAAGUUUAAGCAAUCGUGAGAUUAUAUGCAUGGGGGCCAAAAAAAAAUACGUGGGUUUCCGGUUUCUUCUUAUAAAAGCUUAGGUAGGCGGUAGGUCGGUUUUAACUUUUUUUUUAAUUUUCCAAACAAGCGCACGCCAUUUUGUUUAGUCAGUGCUUCCACAUCCAAAGAUACAUUUUCCUAAUAUUGCCUCAAAUUUCAAUUUUCCACAAACUUUUUCCUCUAAGUGGAAACGCUUACAAGCAUGAUCCAAUAAAAAAGUUUAGGGUCGGGAUUUAGACGUCCAAAAGCUAGGUAGGGUCGGUCGGGAAACCGGAAACCCACAUAUUUUUUUUGCCUGGAAAGAAUAUGGAAAUUAUAUGUUAAAAGCACCCCGUAUAAUGCUCGAACCACUGUGUAUAAUGGCAAAUGCACCGCGUGUAUAAUGGCAAAAGCACCACGUAUAAUGCUCGAACCACCGCGUAUACAAAAUGCUGUUUGAUCACUUACGCCAGCUAUGGCUUUCCUACGGCGGCCCAGACGCGACAGCAAAAAACAGUUUUUGUAUUUUUUGAUUUUGAUAUAUAUUUGGAUUUUUUUAAUAUUUAAAGACCUUGUCAAGUUCGUUCUGCACAUCAGUUCUGUUCAUAACAAAGGGGGACCCACAGAAAUAAACAUUGCCCAAAUUUUGCAUUUUUUCGAACUGUUUUGAAUUGAAAUUAAACGUACUGUAAUUUAUAUUCAUUUACAAUAGCGAACCAGAAAACUGUUAGAUAUGUAGUUAAUAGUAUGUCUUAUUUUACAAAUAUAUAGCAGUCCAAAAUAUAAACAAAGAGUCAAAGAAUUUAUUUACAUUACGCGGACUUGACAUGCAUGGUCUUCAAAAGUUUGAAGUACUAUAGGCGAAGCCGAGUAUAUUUUAUAAGUCUGAUAAAACAUGCACUGCGGAUGUAAAUUUUAUGUCCUAGAAUCUAGAUAAAGCAUGAGCGGCCGUGUUGUAUCAAAUGUACAAACUCGAGCCAAAGACAAGAGGUACGUGUAUGUCUGGGACAACAUGUACGCGAUACUUCGUAUGACUUGUGAUCAAACGUUUGAGAACAUUCGUAUUCUUCAACAAUUUUAGAUAUUCAAUGAAUGAUAUUUGGUGAGAAAAUGUAACUUUAUCUAAAAUUAGUUUUUAGUACUAUUUAAUACAUGAUCAGCAGUGUUUUAUCAGAUAUAAGAUAGGAGGCGAAGCCGAAUAUCUUUACUCUUUAGGUCUGAUAAAGAAGACAUCGGCACUGUAUUUUAAAUUGCUUCAAAAACGAUCGCUCUAUACUAUGGUCAUUGGCGAAGUAAUUUUCAAAAAAUACAUUGUGUAAGUCGAGAAAAUCAAAGUUAAAGUUUAUGUAAAUCAAGGGAAAUCUCUAUCACAUGUAAACGACAUGCUUAUGUUAUGAUUUUUCUUUGUGUUUUCCUCACAAAUUUAAUAAGUUUUUGAAAUGUAAAUAUCAGCCUGCGUAGAAGGCGGUAUUCGUGGGCUUUCUUCCUGACUACAAACAAACUUCAAACUUUUAUUUCCAAACUUUUAUUUUCAAAAUUUUAUUUCCAAACUUUUAUUUUCAAACUUUUAUUUUCAAACUUGAACAGGAAUAUAAAGUCUGGACAAGACUAUUAGUGUAUAAAUAAAUAAGGGAAAGUACAUUUAUUAUGCCGAGGGGGGGGGGUGAAGAUGUUAAGGGGGGCAACGAAAUAUUCUCUGGCAAUCUGGCAUUAAAUGGGGGGCUCGAUAUACUGAAGGUGGGGGGGGGAGCUCUAAACUUUUCAAAGUUACUGUGAAAUUCAGGCAAAAAUAUGUAAAAUUCAAGUUAAAAUUUUGACAUUUUCAGGUAAAAUUUGCGUAAUAAAGUAAUUAUUUUUGGAUAACCAUUUUUGUAAAAUACAGUCAAUUUGCAUGAAAUUUGUUUGCAAAUAUGCAAACUACAAUAGAUUACAUAUGACUAUGUUUAAACAGUUUCUAAAAAGUAUUGAUAUGUUCUUAUUUUGAAUGAUGCUACCGAAGAAGAGUUUCUUAUCUCAAGUGGUAAACUAUUGUAAACUGUUGCACCACUGUAUGGUACAGCCUUUCGUCUGAUUGCCAAUUUAUUCCUUGGUACCCACAAAUCAUUGUCCGCAGAACUUCUGGUGACUCGAUUAGUCACUGACGACUUCAGUUGAAAUAAGUCACAAAUGUAUUCCGGUAUCAAUAGACCUUUCCCCUUUUAAGUGAAAUUUUGAUCUAGACAAGUCUGGACAAAAAUUUCAUCACAGCUUGAAAGAGCAUCACGACAUUUUGCAUCAGAUGAUCAAACUGAUGCAAAAUGUUAGAUUGUAAUGCAAAAUGACUGAAAAUGGCAAACUUCGCAAGGCUAUAUUAUCCGCAUUUUACAACAUUUCGCAACGAAACUUUGGAAUAUUACUAGUUUUGUGAUGCUCUUUCAAACUGUGAUGAAAUGUUUGUCCAGACUUGUCUAGAUCAAAAUUUCACUUAAAAGUGGAAAGGUCUAUUGGUUUCGAGCCUUGAAUACCAUAAUCGCGGUUUGUAGCUUGACUCUUUGCUGUAUAGGUAGUACUUUAGCUGCUUUAAAUAGUGGUCCAGAUGAUGUUAGUCUUGGUUGAUCAUAAACAAUUCUCAUAGCCAAUUUUUGAAGCUUGUGUAUUCUUGUAACGUCAGUCGAUUGACCCCAAACUGUCGAACAAUAGUCAAUGUGAGGUUGUAAAAACUAUUUAUAGUAAAGAACUCUGAAACGUAUUGGCAAAUAUUCCUUUAUUUGUCUUAACAGAUGUAUUCCCUUGUUUAGCGACCUUGCUACUUUAUCGAUCUGUAGUUUCCAACAUAAUUGUUAUUGACAAUAACUCCAAGCAAUUUUUCAUUCUCAGUGUUUGUUAGCUUCACUCCAUUAAACUGAACAUGUAGAUUUGAAUUUAACGUGGCCGCACGCUGGUAAGUUGUCAUAACCAUUGCUUUAGUUUUACUGUUAUUAAUUACCAUGUUGUUAUUGGUACACCACGUAUGAACAUUAGACAUAUCAUGAGUUAGUUUAACAUUUAGUUCUUCAAUUGUUUUAGCACUAGAAUAUAUUGUUGAGUUGUCAUCAUACAUAUCUGUGUUGGAAUUGCAUAUAAUGGAAGAUCGUUGAUAAAAGCAAGAAAUAAUAGUGGACCCAAAAUACUUCCUUGUGGCACACCUUGGAGGCUAGGCAUUGAAGAUGACAAAUUACCUUUGAAUUGCACGCAUUGUUCUGUACAUUGCAAGUAUGACUUAAACCACGACAAUGUCAAAAAAUCACAUUUGUAAAUAGUAAGUUUUCGUAGUAGCACGUCUGUGUCCACCAUGUCAAAUGCCUUUCUUAGGUCAAUAAAUACAAUCCCAUUUAUAAGACCGUUCUCCAUAUUUUCCGUCCACAUAUUAAUAAGUUUGCUUAACGCUGUUUCACAUGAAUGGUUUCUCCGAAAACCGGACUGGCCAUGGUGUAAUAAGUUAUGACUCAUGAGAAACUCAUAAAAAUUGUUGUAAAUGUGACGUUCCAGUAUUUUGCUAACAGCACAAAGUAUGGCUAUGGGUCUAAACUUGUUGACAUCAGAUAAAGGACCGGCUGUAUGAACUGAGAUGAUCUUUGAUGUUUUCCAUAUCGUUGGAAAUACGCCAGCUGACAAACUUUUGUUAAAUACUUUUGUUAAUGAUGGGGUUAUAGUAUUACAGUAAAUGUAAACUCCAAACUAUUAAUUGAACUCCAAACGAUUGAUUGCAAAUAUAUGACUCAAAUUCUGCGUCCGAGUGUUUAUAUAGGUCUGGUAGACUGGGUAAGAGCCCAUGACGUACCAUCACACUCCUCGUCCAAGGACAUAAGGUCCUUGCUAUACACUAAUCGUCUAUUAAUAAUGUCAUGAUAAACUGAUUAUUUAUUAGCAUGCAUAAUAAAUACCAGGUCUUUGAUAGGUCGUACAUAAUGCUUCUUCUCCCCGUAUGUCGCUGUGACUAGCUUUACCUUUCGAACCUUUCCGUCCUCACUCUUCAUGGCUUCUAUUACUCUGCCGAAAGGCCAUUGGUUGCAUGGAGAAUUAUCGUUCAUUAUUACGAGAUCAUCUACUACCUUAAUGCACAGAUGAACGAGUUUGUAUCCAUAGAUUCAAGGACCUCUAUGUGGAUGGCUCUACAAUUGAGGCAUGUAAAGACAAGACCCCAUCUUUUAGAAUUCAAUGCUCCGCCUCGUAGCUUCCUCGUUUGCACUGUCCAUGGGCCAAAAAUGUCGAAGCCUAUGUUAGUAAAUGGAGGUGGAGUUUCCAAUCUGUCUUUGGGUAGAUCAGCCAUGAGUUGCGUUUGGGGUUUUCCUCUUAAUUUCUUGCAUGUGAUACACUGGUUUAUAUAGCUCGAUAUCCGUCGACUUCCUCCCAUGAUCCAAAUUCCUGCGUCACGUAUUCUCCCGUGUGUGAUUUGCUUGCCUUGAUGGUGAACUUUCUCGUGGUAAUAUCUAAUUGCGAGGGUGGUAAGGUGAGAGAAUUUAGGAAGAAUUGCCAGGUGUUUCUCUACAUAUUCCAUACGACCGUGACACAGCCUUCCGCCGACCCACAAUAUUCCUUGAUUAUCCAAGAAGGGUUGUAGGCGGUACAAACUAGAUUUCUUUACCUGUGUUGAGGUCGUUUGGCUAUGGGUUGUCGAGUUACUUGAGUCCUCCAAACUUUGUAUUUCUUGUCCGUAUGAUUCUUGCUGAACUGUUUUUAACAUAAGAUUUUCUGCUUUUCUUAGGUCAGAUAAGGAUAAAUAUUGCUGUGUUGCGAUUUGUCGCGUGGUUUCUCGAGUGUCCGGAGGAAUUUGUCCAUUUUUUCGAGUUCUAAAACUUGUUAAUUUUCUAAUUAGUGUAGCCAGUGCCAUUCUUAAAGUUGACCAUUUGGAGAAUCGUUGAAAUCUUUCCGACCCCAGACUUUUCACUGUCAACUUAGUUUGAUUGGCGUAUGUUGAUAUCUCUUUCCUAACUUCAGGAUCUUCCGUAUUGAUUUCAAUGCUUGACAAAUCUUGAGCCGGUGGAUCAUUGAUUUUGAGAAAAUCAGGCCCUCUGAACCAGAGAGAGUUUUUCAAAUCUAAAGGUGUUUUACCACGAGUCGCGAUAUCUGCGGGAUUAUCCUUUGAUUCAACAAACCUCCAUUGGUUCGGAUUGAGAUACUUCUGAUAAUUUCGACACGAUUAGCCACGUAUACAUAGAAACGCCUACUUUCACUUUGGAUGUAACCGAGCACCACUCUAGAAUCGGUAUAAAAUACGAUCUUUGUGAUGUUUAACUUUAAUUCCCGAGUUAUCCACUUGACGGCGUUGACGCUCAGAACUGCAGCGCAGAGCUCCAACCUGGGAAUGGUUGUCGCUUUCUCCGAAGCAAGCGACAACCAUUCCCAUAUAUAUAUAUAUAUAUAUAUAUAUAUAUAUAUAUAUAUAUAUAUAUAUAUAUAUAUAUAUAUAUAUAUAUAUAUAUAUAUAUAUAUAUAAUUUCGCUACUCUGAGUUUCACGUCCUUUCUAGACGAUCAUCAGGCGAUUUUGUUCACGAUUUUGUUAUUGAUUACGUGAUUGCAUCAUCAUUAACCUGAGUAUCAGGCUCUAUUUUACAAAUAGAGCCUGACACAAAACUUAACCUGAUCGCUUUCCGCCCACAGCAAAGUUUAUAUUUAGUAUCCAAUCAAAAUGUCACAAGAGAAAUUUAAAUUUCACACAACGACAACAACAAUCUAAUUAUAGCAUAGGCGCUCACUAAACGGCUGAAUUUAAAUUAAAACUGCAAUGAACUUAUAAAAUUAACAAAAAUAAUCACAAAUUAGCGAAAUAUAUUGCAAAUGUAGCUUAUAUUAAAUCGCCACCCGAUUGCUCUCUCCUCCGCAGAGGUUUCAGUGACUACAAUGAGCUUUACAUGGCGCUUGCCGUAUUUAUCAACAAACAGUGAUGUAUAAUUAUAUAGUAUAUAUAUAUAUAUUAAGUAUACUUUAUAACUAUACGUCAGUCGAUAGUGCAAUCUGAUGGCGAUUUAAUAUAAGCUACAUUUACGAUAUAUUUCGCUAAUUUGCGAUUAUUUUCUAAUUUUACUGCAGUUUUAAUUUAAAUUCAGACGUUUAGUGGGCCGGCUAUAAUUGUAGUUGUGAUCGUUAUAAAAUAUAUCAACAACAAUAGUAUAAUCUAAUUAGCACCAGCCAAUCAAAUGACAGAUUUAAAAAUCGUUUGUCUAAUCGGCCAAUCAGCGCUCAGUCCAGAUUCUGGACUGAACAAACCAGGCAAAAUGCCACUUUUGUGUCAGGCCGUACUUUUCUCCCCUUCGCCCACGAUCAGGCGUGCCUGUGCCCUAAAAAGUACGGCCUGAUACUCAGGUUACUGUGAUCCUGCAUGGUAUACAUGAUGUGGUAAAUGCGGUCAAACCAGAAUGGUUCAGGUUUAGCAACCUGAAAAAGUUUAAAUAGGUGGGUUUCACUCAAGACUUAAGGCCGGAUUCCACGAGGCGGAAUUUUUCGACCGAAACGAAAUUUCUCUUUGUCUUUUUACAAUUAGUUCUGCUCGAGAGCUCUGAAACAAAGAGAAAUUUCGAUUCGGUCGAAAAAUUUCGCCUAGUGGAAAACCGCCUUUAUACAAUAGGAAAACGCUUUGUGGUCAACUUUACACAUAUUGCCGCUUUAUGUCUUGUGGAAGCAAGUAAAUUUCGUUAAAAUGCAUUUCCGUGCAUCUCACUAAAGUCGCUUUUUGACAGUGGUUGCGUGCUGAACUUAAUGCGGCCAUGUUGGUGCCAAAUUCAAUUGGAUUAUAAGACAUAAUGAAUUCGAACAAAUGUUAACUAUGAUAUUGACUAUUUAAGCAAUUUAUCAUAAAGAUACAGAAAUUGUGAACGAAUUACACUUAAAAGAGUAAAACAUUGUAUUUGAAGUGUUUUCUACAUAAUAGCACAAAAAUCCAAACUAAAGCUCGAGUCAAACGAGAAUGAGAGUUGACGAGAAUUUGCAGGCACGAACUGUGACAUGGGUUAUUUCAAGCUGUUCCUGCAAUUAAGGUACAGCUAAUCAAGUUUUUGGUGACUGCAACUCUCAUAAACUGUCAUCCUCGUUUGAUUUGAGUUUCAGACUAUGAGUAUCGAAAGCCCUGUCUUAAGCUCCUCAAAAUGUAUUAAAUUCACACGAGUGAUAAGCCGCGGCAAGUUAGUUUGUUUUAUUACUUUUAUACAGUCACAUAUUCAGUGAAUGAAUUUGCUUUUGCCGUCGACGUCGUCCUAUACAUCAAAUUAAAGGUCUUUAUAGUAUUCCACCAAAGACUGUAGGCUGUCAGGCAAAUUUUUGUACUUUUACGGUGGAGCGUUGGCUAGCAAGCUAAAGGUCGCGGAACACUUUCUCCGAGUAAUAUCAGCGAGAAAUCUCUGCACAUGCUGUUUGUUGGUGGCAAAUAAUUAGCCCAAUCUGUGAUUUCGGCUGACUCAGACGGUAUGGAAAUUUUACCGAGACCUAAUUCCAGCAUUUGAAUGAAGAAUUAUAUUGAACUCACGUACCUUGAAUAUUGUGGAUUGACGUCGUAUUCCCAUAAAAUCUAUCCGUUUUGUCGUUUUUUGAUUCAAAAUUGAUAUUUCUUCCGAUUGCUCAAAAAGUUUUACCACAAAGCUUGCACUUAAUCGUGCCCUAAAACUCAAACAGUUCUGCAUGUCCUGGUUACAACAAACGCCAUAUGCACGAGACGAUAAUUUGCAUGUAGAACAAAACGAAGUAUGUGUAUUAGCAUCUGUUUACUACAAUCACUAUUGUUUGGCAGCUAACUUAACAGCGUUCUGGAGACAAUAUAAAAAUAAUUUAUUAUAGUAAUUUGCUUGCGAUCUGCACUACUGUGUGUCAGAUAAAAAAACUGAACCCUUUCAAAUUCAAAUUAGCUAUAACGCAUUGUAGUAAUUAACGCUCAUUGGGCAGGGUUAGUUAAAAAACUAAGGGCCCCCAUCAGCCACGGCCUAUCGCCCGGAAAAAUAGAAAGCGUAAAAAUUGCAGGCUAAGAAUCAAUGGGAAAAUGCAAAAUUAAUAAGCUAAAUAAAAUGCUAAAUAAUAAAGCCUCCAUCGACUGCGGUAGCUGAUUUUUUUAUUCCAUCUCAAAAAUAGAACAAAAGUUAUUCUUAUUAAUAAGUCGUUACAUAUGUUGGAGACUGUUAUUUUUAUAGACACGGAAUUUUCCAGAACAUUCUAUAAAUAUUCAAUAUAAAAAUAAUAUCUCAGUCAAGCAAUGACAACAGUCAACAGGGGCCCCCACACCAAAUAUAUGCCUAAGGGCCCCCUUUCCUCCGUUACGCCACUGGCUCUAAUUGCUUUAAAUUAAUGGUUGGAUAAGAACACAAGGUCUUGUACUCAUGGGACAAACUCCAAGAAAUAAAAAUUAGAAAAUUUAAAAGAUAUACAGUGUUCCUUCAUUUCCUUGUGUUCUUCCCCAAUCAUUAAUUCAAAGCAAUUAGAGCUGUCAAAUUACUACAAUACGUUAUAGCUAAUUUGAAUUUGGAAGGUUCAGUUUUUUUAUACACCCUGUAGAAAGUAUAGGUGAUGUGCAACCAAUCCCAUGAAAUUCACAGGACAAAGAGAUUUUCGCCAAGUUGAAUGAUAUUUGCAUUGACAUGCAAAAUCUUUGUCAAUGUCAUCAUCCAACAUGGCGGCGGUGACGUAACUUGCACACCACCCUUUGUUGCCCGCUCUAAAGCCAGAUUUCCACUUCAAUCGUAUGGCGUACCGAAACGUAUCAUUUCUUUGUUUCCUUAGCCGGGUAGUGUGGAAGUAAUGACUUCAACACAAAAGAAAAUGCUACGCUACGUUACGAUUGAAGUGGAAAACAGGCUUAAAGCCAUUCUCGUACCCAGAGCCCUUCUUACGCGCGGUCAACGUAGCGCUACGAGGGACUCUGGCCAAAUCCAUAACCGGAUACCAUAAAAACAUACUAAGAGAACAAUAUCCUGUGUUAGAACUAGCCAAUCAGAUGCCAGUUCGGAUAUGGAUUUGGCCAGAGCCCCUCGUCGCACCGCGCGUAAGAAUGCUCUGGGUUAAUAACCCACGAGAAUGGCUUAAAGCCGGUUUUCCAGUUUCCACUAGCGAAUUAUUUCGUGCGAAGCGACUAUUUGUGCCCGACAGAGUGUCCAACGAGUAAUUAGCUGUUUCGAUCACAUCACGGCGGAGAGAAAUUGCUUGAAAAGUUUUAAACUUCCCUGUUGGUCUAAAAAAUUUGAGUACGGUUUGUAAACGGAGCGAGAUGAACACGAUUACACGAAGCGCUUGGUGGCUUUGUGCACGUGUGAACAGUGGCUUUGACUUUAUUUUGCUCCAUUUUGGUACCCUAGCCAAUUUCCAAACCAUGCUGUUUACCAAUAAAUAUCUUACAAUGGUAUCACCUCGCGGUUAAAAUUCGACAACUAGACUCGGUAACUCGUUUGGAGCGCAGCACUAUCACAGGGCAUUUAGGAACCUCGCAAGCCAGGGUCUUUUACCUGCGCUUGGGCUACAGCAGCGCCGUGCGGAAGUAAAAGACCCUGGCUUGCGAGUUUGGGCCUUUAGUACGUUUUCGCAAAAAUGUACGUAUUUAAAUGUAAAGGCCGUUUUCCACUAGGCGGAAUUUUCCGCGCGGAGCGGCAUUUCUCUCUGUCUUUUUAUUUAUUUAUUUAACUUCGCCAUUAUCAUGCAUGCAUUCAUGGCAGGGUCACCACAACAGUAUAUGUUACCAAUUACUGUGGGCCCUUUAAAUUUUAAAUAGAUAAUAAAACACAAAUAAAAUACAACGAAAACUUUGAUUUACCUGAUCAAAGUCAUCACACGAAUUGGAACUUGAAGCCAAGCAAACAAAUUCCUCGAAGUUUUCGUUGUAUUGUAUUUCACAAACAUACUUAAUUAGCUGCUUGCAAAUUUUAUAAAACAUAUAACAAUUCAUAGAAUAUAAAAUAGCUAUUGAAACUUAAUAAACAAGACCAGGAAGAUCUGACAACUUCGAAAAAUAUAGAUCAAAACAGUAAAGAACCUGGACGUGCACAAAUUGACACAAAUCUAUGCAAAUUUAGACAGAACAUAAAAUUAAGACUUACAACCUUCCUAAUCAUGUUUAUAUUUCAAUAACUAUGAGACACUAAUAACAGCAAGAGAGUGAAGCAGCAAGACUACGAGCAGUGUUACACUUUAAGCAGAUAGACUUCCAUGUCCGAGGAUUUUGAGGUUGAUAAUUAAGGUAUAAGGCAGUUUUGAAGUAGUCUAACAGCAGAGAUUUAAAUCUUGGUAAAGUGAGAGACUGAUGUCUCAGUUCUGCAGGAAGAACGUUCCAAACUCUUGCUGUUCUAUUCAUGAACGACCCUUGGAAUGUUACUGUUCUGCAUUUUCUAAUCCUGAACGUAAUGAUGUCAGAAUUGCUCGUAGCUCGCGUUGUUCUUAUAUUUCCAUGCUUCCGUUCAGGGAUUAUCUCCUCACUGACGCACACCAACCCGUUAAACAUCUUGAAGAAAAACGUCAAGUCUAAAUAUUCAUGCCAGAAACUAAUCGGUAAUAAAUCGGUAGCUUGUAGUCGAUCCUCGUAAGUUAGUUCGCAGUGGAAUGGAAGGUUUAGUAUGAAUUUUGUUGCACGACGCUGCACUCUUUCGACGCGCUUGAUAAGCUCGAUGGUCUGAGGGGCCCAAAUCUGGGUGGCGUAGCCAAGGUGUGGUCGUACAACAGAGAGGAACAGACAUCUUCUUUUUCUUUGGCUUCGUAUCUCCCGGGAAGAUCUCCUGACAAAUCCCAGAAGUUUGUUCGCUUUUGAAGUCUGUUCGACAACUUGUUUCUUAACCAGCACAACUCAUUCGACACCCAUACACCGAGAUCUUUCUCUUGAUUAGCAGCGGCAAGUACUGAUCCAUUCAGGGCGUAGGGAUACUCAACUGGUGUUUUCUUCCGUGUGAUGCGCUGGCACUUACACUUCGUUUGGUUGAAUGUCAAACCGUUAUCUGUGGCCCAACCGUUAAGACUGAUAAUGUCGUUUUGAAGACCAGCAGUAUCUUGCAGGUUGUCCACUUGCUUCAGAAUCUUCGUAUCAUCAGCGAAACAAGCGACUUUUGAUGUAUUCACAGUCUUGGGCAGAUCGUUCACAUAUAAAAGAAAGAGCAUUGGUCCAAGGAUGGAACCUUGAGGAACACCAGAUGUUACUUUGCGUUCUUUUGAUGUCGCACCAAGUACCGUAACACGUUGUCUUCGCCCACGAAGGUAGGAUGUAAACCAGUUCAACAGGUUACCAGAGAUGUUGUACUGGCGUAGUUUAUCAAGGAUACGAGAGUGUUGCACUUUAUCAAAGGCUUUCGACAUAUCUAGAUAAAUCACAUCAGUCUGCUUGCCAGAGUCUAGUAAGAAGCCAAUGUAGUCGAUAACUUCAACCAGUUGAGUCACGCAGGAUUUUCCAGGAAUGAAUCCAUGUUGCGCACGGUCUAACAUCAGUAAUAGAUGGUCACGCAAACGAAUCAGAACACACCGUUCUAGAAUUUUCGAGAUAAUACUUAGCAGGGAUAUUGGACGAUAGUUCUCAACAUGAUCUUUGUUAUCUUUCUUGUGUAUUGGCACAAUAUUUGCCAGUUUCCACUCGUCUGGAAAUACGCCUGUCUCGAGUGACUUGUUGUAGAGUAAAGUUAAAGAGGGUGCGAUCUGUUCAGCUUUUCUAAUUAGUAAUCACAAGACAAAGAAAAAUUUCGCUUCGCGCUGAAAACUCCGCCUAGUGGAAAACGGCCUUUACACGCAAAAUUUCCAUCGACAUCAGCCUGCGAACAGGCCGUAUUAGAGACCUUACGAUUUUAGGACGGCAACGCGACGGCGACGGCUACCAAUACAAUAGAUUAUUGAAAAGAAUUGAGUAAUUACAGUAAAUGAAUAAUUCAGACAUUGUCCUCGCUCUGUUCACAACGCCAAAUCACAGAUUUUCACGCCUUGAUACAACGGCUGCAUUCCAAGCCACAACAAGUGCAACUCAGUUCAAACUGAGUUUAGCAGAACUCUUCCCAACCAUAAAACCCAUGUCUUCAACUUCUAACACUGUAUUAAAUUCAUACGAUUGAUAAUAUACGACGAAUUAUCUUUACUACCAUUUAUUUGAAGGAGUUUGUUUUGGCCGUCCCCGUCGCGUUGCCGUCCUAAAAUCGUAAGGUCUGUAAUGGGUUAGGUUAAGCGGAAGUCACGAGGCUACUUGUAGUUAUAUUAGGCAAAGACAUGAACUGGACUUCUGGGCUCAUGGACUCGUGGACUCAAAAUUCAAAAACGCAACACUGGACUUGAUUGAAAUAUAAAAAUUCUCAAGUAACGUUAUUCAUAUAUUUUUCGUCAUCCGUCUGACACUUCUCAAAUCAAUUGACCGGCCGAUAUCCUGAAUCUUUGAAUGUUGUUCGUCGCCACGGAUUCAAUCCUUACACACGCAAGCUUUGUAGCUAGUCUCCCAACAAGCCGUCAACAAGUUGUAUUCGCACUGCUUGUCCCAAGUUACCAACAAGUUUGGAACAAGCUGUUAACAACCUGUAACAACUUUGUUGAUAUUAUCGUACUUCUUGGAGUUGUUGCAAGGAUGUUCCAACAAGUCCGAUACAGUCAUGAUAAAACAAUAUUGUUACAAUCUUGUGUCGCCAACCUUGCGACAUUCUUGCUAUAUCAUGACUGUAUUAGACUUGUUAGAACAACCUUGUAACAAGUCUGAUAAUGCCAUCAGGCUUGUUAGAAGUUGUCAACAGCUUGUUCCAAACUUGUUACAACAACUGGGAACAAGCAGUGUGAAGACAACUUGUUGGCAGCUUGUGAACAGUUUGUAACGACUUGUUUGCAGACUUGUAACAACUUGUGCGUUUUUACGUGUGAACCAGCAACAAGUUUACUGUAUAAUCUUCUUCACAUGAUUUGUUAGACAUUUGUUACAUCCGGUUUGCUAAACAAUGCAACUUUUCGACGAGUUUUAGGACAGAAAUAUCUGUAGAAGCGACUAAUAAGACGCUCCUCGCUGUAUUAAAUAUAAUUCUUUCCGAAUGUAUAUCUUCACUGUUUAGUGUUACGACAAUAUGGAUAACAAAUUGCAAAAAAUUUUUUCAAUCAAGUACAAGUUUUUAUUUUUCGAAAUUUCGGUCGAAAUUUGAAUUUUUAGUCCAUGAGUGCAGUCCAUGUUUUGUAGUAUGCCUUAUAAUGAUAAUCCGAAUAAUAUUGGCAGUAUAUUGAAGUGAUAUCGAUAUUGGAGGCCUGCAGCAAAAUCAACCAAAUUCAGUAGUAAAAGGAAUAUACAACAGUUAUGUAACUUACUGAAGACGGUAAGUUUCAUUUAUAAUUCUCUCAGGGUAUAAGAAUUUACUGAUUCUUAUAGAUUUAUAGUAUACUUAGUCAUAGUCUCUUAGACAAGGAAAUUUUGCAUUGAAAUAUGGCUUGCCAAGUGCGCGGCGUAUAUGUGCAAAACUCGGCACAAACGUUGAGAAAUUCACUCUAAAAAGUUCAAUAUAGCCGUUCAAAAAAACAUAAAUCAGUCAUAGAUGAGACAAAAGAGGAAAACAAUGAAUAUAAUGAUAAAAGUUUACAAAUAUUUUGAAUAGAUGAAAAUAUAAUGAGCAAAGCCGGAUACUGUUGAGGAUAGCAUGGCCAAUACAGCCAGAAUUAAUAAUGCUCGAAUGCGCAAUCUUAGCGGUUGAAAAUCUGAGCUAAGAAAACACAGAAUUAAAGAAAUCUGACGGAAAGAUGAAGAAACGAUUGGCUAAACUUCAAGAUCAAAAUUUCACCUUCAGUUAUUAAACAACACCAUCAUCACCAGACAAGGUUCUGUUUACUGAACUAGUAGUUCGGUAAUUGUGGCAAACAAUCAAUCAGUCAAAGGCUACUUUCAAAAUCCUGGUAUCUUCAUCAAUGCUGAUAAUAUACUGAAUUGUCUAAAUAUAAAAGACUCAGACUUAUGGAUCGAUUUGAAAUGAUAAAUACGCGUGGGGCAACUUAUUUGCUUACUAGUACUAGAUUUCAUAUUACAUACCGGGUGGGGCAAAAAAAAGUACGACUGUUUGAGAUGCUGCAAAAUCAAAACUAAAAGAGCAAUGACACUAAAACAAGUUUAAUGGCAUUCGGCGAUAUCCAACUUAAAUUUUGAUAUAUGGCAUGCCCAUUUCGAUGCCACAUUGUCAAAGAUACAUGCAUUUAAGCAGGAGUAAACAUUUUUGAAAUUAGCUAAUAAAUGGGUUAUUAAAUAUUAAUACAACAAGGACUUGUGUUGAGAUGCAUUAUAUCUAUAGUUAGCAAGUUGACAACUUCACGCUUAUGGUUCAAAAACAGUCGUCUAUUCAUCAGCAAAUGCGUGUCCCCAGCACGAAUGCAACGUCUUUCCCCUGAAAUCAUACAAUCGAAAUAAUUUUAAUUGGAUCAGUUGCAUUCUGUUCAUUUGUUGCUACCACAUGUCAUCCCUAUCGAUAUUGUGAACACGAAAGUCUCUGACUGUACAACGUUGUCGGCGUAUGAUUCGGAGAUAUUCUCUCGUGUCGAGAUUUCUUUCAACAAAGUGUGGACCCAAAACAUUGCCUGGAUAACCUCGUCAAACCAACCCACUAAUUGAAACAAUAAUCGCUAGAAAAUGGUAACGGUUAUUCAAUUGGUUUUAAUAAGGCCUUUCCCGCGCUAAUUCUUGGCGGUUCCAAAAGUGUUUGCUUAAGUUUAAGCACAGACUGUUAUCUCAGUCAACAUGAUAAAGUACAAGACAUAUAUUAAAAUUUAAGUUAAACAUCGUGGAAUUUAAUUACGGUGAAUUAUUUAAGUCAGUUAAUACUAAUAGCUCUUUUACUCUUUGAGUCAUAGUGAAUCAAACUAUCGUACUUUUUUCGCCUCACCCAGUAUAUGGGCAAGGUAUAAGUAUGAUGUUAUCUCACAUAUUCAAAUACGCAACGCCGGUGCGGUUUGAAUUAAAACGGACUACGGUUUGUAAACGGAGCGAAAUGAAAUUGUAGCGCAUUGCGGCUUUGUGUGAAUAUAUAUACAGCAGAGGUUGGCACAAUAUAUUUGUAGGAUUAUGUGGUAAACGCGGAUAUGUGGAGACGGACAUGCGGAUAGGGAACAUUCAGACAUGCGGACAUGAAAAUUACUAAAGUUCAAAAACAUUUUAUCGGCGAAUUCGAGAUAAACCUCCAAAGAGAGCGAAUUAACUUGAAUUCAUUAGCAGCUCUAUCUACAAUUAUCUAAUUGUAUCAAUAGACUCACUGUAGACGAAUAGUACUGUGAUAAUCAUCUCAAUAAAAAUACAAAAAGGCACCGUCUAGAAUGAUCUUACUUUCAAAUUUUGUUUCCUAUAAAUAUUGUUCAAACAGUGUUUUAUCCAUUUGACACUUAAUUCGAAUGUCAAAGAAAGGCAGCUAGAAAUUUCAAAUUUGUAAUAAAACUUAUUUCGCGGCCACAUUUAGCGCCGCAAUGCGUGUUCUACGCAUGCUCGUAGCCAUGUUGUAUGAGAUUCCUAGCCAUGCGCAAUUCUGCUGUGCGAUGAUACAUAAAUUAUAAACGAACAGAAAAAUCUCCUCUUUUUUACAUUCUGGCUUUUGUCUACAAUUUGUUCCUUUUUAAAUAAUUAUAGGUACCGCAAUCAUGACAUCGUCAGUCCUUGAGAGUUCCGAAGAAAAGAUCUACGGCUUUAAGUUGAUGAGGUUGAUAGUUGAUGGAGGAACAGAGGUAUUGAGAAACGUCUUUUUGAGCAUACAUCCAGGUAAUUUGCAUGCUGUUUUGUCUGCUCAUUAUCCUACACUUUAUCCACUGUUUAAGACAAAGAAAAUAAUCACGCAACCACAAUGGGAUAAACUGUACCCACCUCACCCUAGAAUUCCAAAUAUUCAGGAAUUUGAUAUAACAUUACUUGUUAUCCUGUUAAGAAAUAUCUGUGGAUUAUCUCCUCCUAGUACAGGGUGGAAUGUUAUGCCAGGUUCCACUGACAAUUCUCGUGAAGCGAACAUUGUUCGUAUUAGGCUAUUUCGAAAUAAUUUCUUUGGUCAUGUCCCUGGCACAGAUGUUAGCAGGUUAGAUUUUGAGGCUCAUUGGGUAGAGGUUGGUUCGGCUUUACGUAGUUUGGGUUUAAAUCAAGCCGAAAUUGACAGAUUGAAGGCUGAGGAAUGCGGAGAGGAGGAAGUAAAUCGUGUGAGACAAGAAUGGAAUGAAAGUGAGAAGGAAGUAAUGAUAAAACUAGACCGAAUGGAAAAGAAUAUGUCAAAAUUUGGUGCCGGAUUUCAAAAAUUAUCAAAAAAUAUAGAAUCUUUGAAACAAGUUAAACCCUUGUCAGACGAUAUUCUUAGUGACUGCCUUCAGGAACAUGACUUUAAAGACGAAAUACAAUCGUUUUAUGAAAACUACACGGAAGGCACUCGUGAGUGGGUUUUUGAUCAGGUAUCAAAAUGGCUAUACGACAAAUCGUCUAAUAAUCGUGCCUUCAUUAUUUCUGGUCAAGCUGGAAUGGGUAAGUCUACUAUCGCCGCAGUUACAUGUAAACGUUUCCCGGAACAUUUUGGAGCUUGCCAUUUUUUUCAAUAUAACAAUAGCAGGUACAAUGAUCCAAAGUUUCUCCUCCAGUCGUUGGCAACGCAGCUAUGUCAUGUCAUUCCCGAAUACGAGAAAAACCUAACCAACAACUUACCUGGUAAUAAAGCACAGUUGUUGGACGACCAGAACAUCGAAGGGGUGUUCUCAAUGUUGUUUGAAGAGCCAUUUUCAAGUAUUCCCGAUCUAGGUAAGCAUUUUCUAGUCGUAAUAGAUGCGCUAGAUGAAUGUCGGCAGGAAGAAAAGCAGAAGCUUGUUGAUUUGAUAACUAAACAUUUUCAUAAAUUUCCGAGAUUUAUUCGAUUUCUAAUCACAACCCGACAAGAAACAGAUAUUGCCCGUAAAUUCCAGGAAUUAAACCCAUUGUUUUUAGGGCCAGAUGAUGAACGGAAUUUAAAGGAUCUUCAAAUUUUUUUUGAGGAUAAAUUGAGGAAAAUAUCAAAAGAUGUUCCAAGGGAGGAGCUUGUCAAAAAAUUAGUUCAAAAAUCUGAAGGUCUGAUGCUCUAUGCAUCUUUUCUUUGUAAACUCUCUGAAAACGGCUCCGCGAUACCUAACACUGAAGACUUACCUGGAAGUAUUGAAGAGAUUUACGAUAGGUAUUUCAGUCGCCUUGAAAGCGAACUUAAAAAUCUAGGCAUUGAUGAAAAAGAAUUUUUAAAAUUUUUAAGCGUAAUAACUGUUUCAAAACGACCGCUUCCAUUAGCACUUCUUGAAAGAUUACUUAGCUCUGACAAAAAUUUGUCGAUUGCAGGCAGAACGUUGCGGAAAUUGAUUAAUUGCCUCUCUUCACUUCUUGUCAUCAAGGAUGAAUCCGUGUCAUUUUUUCACAAAUCAGUAAAAGAUUGGCUAGUAAAACCAAAUCAUGAUUUUACAAUUAUAGAGACAGAUGGCCAUAGAACACUCGCUGAUAUUUGCGUUUUACAAAUGCAAACAUUGAAGCAAAACGAAGUUAACUUAACAUUUGACCAUGCUAUUGUCUAUACAUUGCAGUAAGGAAUACAACAUAUAUUAAAGGCGGAAAUAAAAGACAUGCAUUCCCUGACGAAAUUGAUAAACCACGUUACUGACUUAGAAAUCGUUUACGUGAGUGUUUGUCGUGAUAUUUACACAACAUUAAGCAAUCUUUCUAGCCUAGAAAGCUACAAUAUGCACAACAGCUCAACAUGUGAGGAAACGCAAACUACCAUAAGGACGCUUAUCUCUAUAAUAAGAAAGUUUACAUACAUUUUAAAAGACGCUCCACAGUCAUUUUUGCAGCAUGUUGUCAAUGAAAAUGAUGACGUACUUUCAUCCAAAGCAUCUGCCUUGUUAAUGACACGCUACAGGGGGCUUGCAUAUUUCGAUUCGGAAGACGAAAUGGAAAAUACUGAAAAGGCUAUGAUAGGUCGUAUUUUAAUUAGAAGCCAUGCUUCAGAUAUUGAUAUUUCACCGUCAGAAGAUUUUCUCAUAUGAGGAGGAGUUGAGUUGUUUUCUCUUCCCGAUUUUAAACCGCUUUGGAAAAUUGACGAUUUUGUAGUAGAAAGGCAUGCCGCUAGCUAUGUGCAACGUCUUUUUGGUGUACUACAGCGCUGCAUUGUUUUUCACCCUCUUGAAAACGUCGUUUUUGCCGGGCAGCUUACCCCUGUACUUAAUUUAGAAGGGAAAUUUGAAUCUGGGCGGAUUGUGUGCGAAGAAAUACUCAAUAAGUUUACAAGUUGCUGUUUUUCGCACGAUAAUACGAAAAUGGUAACAAAUUACGGCAUUCAUUUGACAAUUUGGAAUGUACUUAAAAAUAAGAAAAUUAUCAGUCUUUCGUGUCGGUCAGAAUUAUUUUCCGUUUUGUUCUCGGCUAAUGACAGAUUUCUUGGAACAACGAACAUUAACGAGUUAUGUGUUUACGAUACUGAGAAUAGUUACAGCAUGAUAUCAAGGUCUUGUGCUAGAAACUAUGCUGUUUUAGUUUCAACGUUUUAUGCAGAUUCGUGGUUUGUCACGAGCCUAAAGAUGGCAAACCAAAUAAUCGGAAUUGUGAAAUAUGAUCUAACAAUUAAACUUGUUGCGGAAGGUUUUAUUGGAGUACGCCCUGCUAACGCGAGGGCUGCCGCUAAAUUCCAAGCGGUAAUGGAAAGUGAUGACGACUCCACGCGCUUCCACAAACUAUUAGGCAGCGGGGAUGCUUUUUUUAUGCUCAGUAAUGAAAGCGUUUUGGUGCGUAAAAAAAUUGUAACGGAAAUAAAAUUGUGUAGGCUAACUGAGUUGACCCAGAAUUCAAACAAGAAAAAACAAGGAAUUAAAUUUAUUUCCUCUUUUGGGGUUGUGAAACAUUUUUCUGUUUCAGUGAACGGAAGAUAUAUUUACGCAUGUAACUUGCUAAAAUGCUAUCGUUCAAUCGUGAAACUCAGUCGACCUCGGUCAGUAAAAUGCGCGGCUAUAUGGUUUGAGAAGGUGAGAUUCAAGAUGACUGGUACUAUUACAGCAUGUACAUCGCUUUUUCCAGUAACAAAUGGUGUGUUCGUUCGCGGAGAGAUACGGAAAUCAUCUACAGGUGAAGAUAAGUUUUGUGAAGGCAUCCCUGAGCUGUGGAAUAAUGGAGUGACGCAACGUCUCGCCAGUUUUCCUGAACUGACUGGUACUUGUUUUUGUGUUUCAGUCUCACAAGAUUUAAUAGCUUGUAUUAUGGAGACGCAUGUUUGUUUUUUUAAUGUUCUGAAAAAAGCAAUAGUUGCACGUACACCAUUUCCUGAACACAUUUUAGUCUCAUUUCGUGAACACAAAGAUGAGAAAAUCGAGGUGAUUGCAUGCAGUAGUCUAUAUCAUGUGCUGAUGAAAAUUGACAAAUCUACAUGUUUAUUACAAUAUGCAAACAGUGUAGAUUUAAAUUCAAAUGUAUUUAACAAUGACUUGCGGAAAUUUUCAGCGUACAUAACUGCUGCUUGUUUCUCUCCUAAUGGACAGUCGCUGGCAUUAUGUUCGUCCCGGAAAGGGUUGUAUAUCGUAGACAUUGCUACACUAAACAUUCGUGGCAAAAUGUUUCUCUAUUUCGUUUACAGUAACCAAUUGCAACUGGAAUUUGUUGACGAGGAACACCUUCUUUCUGUGGGAUAUAAUGAUUGCUUGGGUUUAAUUAAUGUCAAAACCUGUGACAUAUUAACUUGCAUCAGUUUGGGCUUGAGUUACAAUCCGUGGCGUAUUUUUACAUGCCGCAAUACAGUUGGUAUUAUUGUUUACAGCUCCGAGUACGGAAAAUUUAAAAGAAUUAAACUUUGGUUACCACAGCAACGUAAAGAUGAGAAUGAAUUAUUGGAAUGUUCUUGCUGUAUACACGCUGAAAAUAUAAAUGACCUACCCAGCCCGACAUCGCGUUCCAAGUGUUCAAUCAUAUAAUUCAUGCAUAUACGGUAAAUGUAUAGUUGAUAUGCAAGAACUACAAAUAAUACAAAGAUGGUAAAUUGUUUAAAGUUUGUUUUGUUGUUCUUUUUAGCUCUCCUAUUGUCAUUUUGAAACCAAUGGCAGUUCUAGCAAUGUGAUUGGUCAGACCAAAUUGCACUCCACUCAGUUCAAUGACCAUUACUAAUAAUCUUGAAAACGCUUGUGAAGGUUUCAGCUAGAAAAACAAAGUGAUUGGAACUUUUUGGAAAUAACUUCUCUGCAUUGUUUUACUUGCAAUGGUAUCGGUAUGUAUUUUUUAGCAUAAUUUCAACACUAUUAUGAUAAAAUUUUAGAACGGUAAAGGACCCAAAAUCUAACCCAAAAAAUAAAAUUUUGAAGAAAGCAACUUUGGAAUCUGAGUUUGGAAACAAUUUUACAUAUCGCAUUUUCCUCGCAUAUUUUUCUGUCAGAACGACACAUUGAAUAUAAAAUUAAUUACAAUUCUUUAAUGUUUUCUACACGUUGAUACUUCCUCUGUUCAAGAAUCGUUUUAUUAUAUCGUUUUACAUAUGAAAUGUUUUACAUGCGUCUAUUGCAAAAUGUAGAUUGUUGCACGUAUUUUCCCUUCAAAACAUUUAAGACCCGAUCAAACGAUGAUGAGAGUUAGCAGUCACGCAUUGUUACAGAUGACAUUUGAAGCUCUAGAUUGAUAAAUGUAUGUUUGAUGAGUUUUUCAACUAUGUUUUAUCUAAGAUUGAAUACAGGAUAGUGUUGGGAAAGCAUAUAAGGAACAGAUAUUAAACCAAGGUGGCGUGAUUGCUAUAAACUCUCAUGCAUGCACUAUAUCAUCCUCUUUUAAUUCGGUUUUUUAAUAUACAGUUUUGUCCAAUUAUUUAACAAUUCCAUAUUCAUUGAACGCAAAUAUCAUCUGAAUUUUUUUGUUUGCUGGACUAAAAUGCAUCAGCAUUUGAGAAGACGGCGGUGUUAUAUUUUAAUGCUGGCCAUUAAUAAUGCAGUUAUUAGCGUUUUGUUUUCUAAGCCUAAGCCGAGUAUUACAGGACCUUACAGCGGCUUUGAGUUAUUGUCGGCACUACUAGCAACAGCGGUGAUCCACGGUUCUAAAGUUUCACAAAAUCCCUUGUGGAGAUUGCUCAAAGAAUUAUAUUGGUAAAACACGAAGGUCAUUUGAAACAAGAAAGAAAAACGCAUUCGAAAUGCAAAAACUCAAACGUAUCCGCAAGCAAACAUGCAUGGAACUGCUCACAUACAGUAAGAACAACUUUGACGCCAGACAAAUUAUUGACAAAGAAAACAAGAGCGUUAGAAAAAUUUGGAAUCAUGGCUGACUGCUAUUGUUAAUAAUGCAAACAAUAUCUCAAAGCCACUCGCGAAACAGUACUAUGUUAUCCUCUUACGCUAACAACUGCAUCAGUUGCAUUAAUUAAUCGCCCACGCUCUAUAUUGUAUCCUGUCAACUGUAUUCUUUCGCCUUCAUUCACACCAGGCUUUAGAUCUUUUCACCAAAAACUCGUGAUGAAAGUCUUUGAUCCGAAGUUGUGUUUCUUCAAAAAGUACAUAUUUAACAAAUUAUCAAAGAAAGUUUAAAAUAUCAGUGUUUUCAAAUCCACAUUAAUAAAUUUUUACAUUCAAUGCGGCAUAUGGUAUGCACAUAAACAACGGGCUUUCAGAUAUUUAGCACGAUGUGAAAUGCCCUUAGCGGUGGAUAAAAGUUUGUUUUUUGUUGUCUUCAGCAUCUUAAAAAAUCUUUAUCAAUGCUACUUGGUGCUAUUGUAAUUGGGGCUCUUACUUCAUAUAUUGUACAGGACAGCUUCGUUCCUCUAUGAAUUACCAAAGUUUGAUCAAGAUUAAAGUUUGUGGGUUUUUAGGAGAACGAAGCAACCUAUAGACUAUACAGUGAUAAUCUACGUAAUCGAUUCCUUAUCUUGUUUACAUUUCUUUGCGGACAGGUUCCGAUUGUAUAGAUCAGUGUUUUCCGUGAAUCGAUUGGGUCGAACUUAGAUCUUUAGAAUCAAAGAAAAUUUGCUAGCACGAGAUUUCUAAUCAAAAGAAAGAAAACAAAAAACGUUUUUGUACCCAGAAAACAAGAUUCAUGCAGCACAUUCAUCAUGAACUAUCACGUGCGGUUUUGAAGUGUUAAAGUUUAUUUCAUUCCUGAUUAAUGUUUUUUGCGCUUUCAAAAAUUAACGAUUUUCAGCAAAGGGCAUGUAUCUGCCAAUAAAAAGUAAAUAGGCAUGUUUUAGUUAAUGUAUAAAAUUUACAUUUCACAAUGAAAAAGCUCUCAUUCGUGGGUUGUUUUGAAUCAAUUUAGUUUGCGAGAAACGUAAACAGGGUAAGAGGUCUAUUAUGCUCGAAUAAUCCUCUUACACAAUAUAAAAAAUUAUGGCGUUGUAAAUCUUGAAACAAAGCAACAUUCAAAAAGGACUUUCUUCAUUCAUAUUAAAUAAAAUAAUAUUCUUGCCGCAUUAGAAAACAGUCGAGUCAAGCGACUGUAAGUUGUAAAGAAUUAUGCUAUACAGUUGUUUAUAAAGUAUAUUUGGGUAAAUUAGUAAAAAUAAAGUAAAUAAAUAAAACAAAAAAGAUGAAGAGAGAGCCCCAAUUUUGAUAAUAUUAAUGAUGAUUUUCUGUUUAUCAGUACAUCAUGAAAAGUAAAAAACAUGCAAUUUAGUGGAAUCCACUAAGCCAGUUCGACAUUUUGACUGUGUAUCCAAAUGACGUGUUCUGAGUUGGGAGAAAAUACAACUGAAUCACAUAAAAUCUAGCUGAGACUGGACGUAUUUAUAUUUUUAAAUAUUCAGCGACUAAUGUUCGACAUAAAAGAAAAAAUAAAACUGUCAAUUUAAUGCAUUUCCUAAUAAACUUUAAUGACCUUUCUCAGUCUAAGGCCAAAAAAUGAAAGUGUACUUUCAGGAAUAUUUUUUGUAACAUGAAGCAAGUCAAUCGUCUAAAAACUUCUUCUUUUUCUAAAAAAGCUAUUUCCAUAAUUAAAACAUCAAAACUUAAUCUGGAAAGGUCUGUGUCAGUGAAGGUAGCGACGAUAACAAGACAACUGUGGAUUGAGAGGGAUAUACAACUACCUGAAAAAUACAAGCAGAACUUCAAUGUUGUAUCCUUUUGUAUCCCACUUACUCCACAGCUUUCUCAUUAAAGCCUAAGCCUGUUUUUUACUUCACCAUAUCGUCACGUACUGUAGAGCAUUUUCUUUUCUGUUGAAGUCAUUUGUUAUUCAGAAUAACAAAAAUAUACAGCUACGUUUCGGCACGAUAUACGGUUAAAGUGAAAAACAUGUUUUAGUUUUAAUAUAUUGGAAGAGACAUUUUAACCCGACUCAGUUGGAUAUGCAGUAUAGUUACGCCAAACUGGCUUAUUGGAAUUUAGUGAAAAAUAUUGUAAUAACUUGGCUUUGCCAGUUUGGGCAAAAGUCUAUUGAGAAGUUUUGAUGAAGCUUUAAAGACUUGGAUACACAUACGGAUUUGACUUAAAAACAUUGUACUGUAAAACCACAAGAAAUAUUUUGACCAUCUCGAAAGACUGUGAGUGAUUUACUUGAACAAAGGCUGUAAUGUUGUCAUAGUUGAAAGUAUACACGUCGGAUUUAACGAACAGUUGCUGUAUAUGUUACCAUUUCAUCACUAAUGAUAAUGUAUGGCAUAUAUUUGUUGGUGAUUCAGCUGGAUCUGAACGUUUCUGAUCAUAAUGUAACUUAGAUAAGGGAAUAAUGGUAAUGGGGUCUUCCACAAGCUAGUUGCAGUUCGAUUAUGUUGAAAUAUCGAUAAUUAUCGUGAUAUACCAUCAAUGAACAUGGUUAUUUGAAUACAUGCAUUGUACUGUAAAAUCAAAAGAAAAUUAACGAGCACGUCGAAAGAUCGUGAGUUGUAUAACAAAAAUCGUGUAGUGUUUAUAUCGUUGAAACUCUACGCCUUUAGGAACAGUUCCUGUAUCGUGCCAUUAUUAUACAACGGUUGAAUGACCAAAAAACUAAAGGAUUUCAAACUCCUGAUCACAAUGUGACUGAUAUACGGGAAUAAUGGCAAAGCAAUUUGCGACAAGCUAGUUUCAGUUGGUAUAUUUGGAAAAAUCGAUGAUUUGUGAAAGACAAACAAUAUAAGCAUAACUUGAAAACAUUGUAUUGGAAAGCUGAAAGUAAUGUCAACACCAUCUCGAAAGACCGUGAGUCGUUUGCGUAGACAAAAAUUGUAGAGUGUUCUCAUGAAAGUAUACGCGUUUUACAAACCGUCGUUGUAUUCCAAGCUCGGAUGUACGUACCACUUAUGAUGUGUAUAGCAUAUAAUGCGUGAUAUCAGUAUUUGUUGAAGAUAUAUUCAUGUGGAUUUUAUGAUUAUAAUCCUGAUCGCAAUGUACCGCAUCUAUGAGGGAUGGUAAUGUUAACUUUCAACAAGCUAUGGUAGUUAGUAUACACUGACAAUACAUCCGUGUUUUUUGAACACAAGCAAUGCACAGUAUAUUUAUUAUUAAAAUGAAGUGAUUUUUAUGGAAGGAUUAAAAACAAUACGGAGUUGGCGAAUGGUAUAAGUAAUGAAAUGGACAAAUGGUCGGUGGUCCAACUACUAGAAACUAAAUUUGGAAAUUAUGUUGAAAAUGUGCAAGGAUAUUUGAAGGAACUUUCUUAUCGAAAAACAAAAUUGAGAACAUCCAAAGAACCAGUUGAAUCUUGUAUUAAGCUCGGUGAAUUACCUUACAAAGAAAAGCUUUAAUUAUUCUAGACUUUGUGUGGUCUUACUUACAAUGUUCUGGACUUGUUCGGUCUUACUUGGUGAUCAUGAGAGUGAUGAGACUAAGGAUUUGGUCUUCUUUCAUACAAAGCAAUGAACGGUAUUGCAUGAUCAUGUGGUCGGUCAGUGAACGGUAUUGGUCAUGUGGUUAAAAUGUGGAACAUAGCGCUUGUAAUUAGGUCGUGCUGGUACGUUGUCUGCCAGUGAAUUACCAAAACUAGCGUGUUGGAGAACAAAGAAAACUGAACAAUUAUUUACCUUUAGAUACUUUGAAUUAGAUCUAGUAUAAUUAUAUUGUUUGUAUAUUAAAAUAGUUAUUGUUGUACAAUUUCUUUAAGAAUGAAUAAUAGAUAAUGCCGGAUUGUAAUAAUAUAACAGUCGUUGCCAUGUUGGUUUUUUUUGCGGGAGAUAUUAUGGGAUGUAUCAUGCAAACGGGUCAUUAAGCUUAUCAUGAUUUGAAGGACUGCCAAGAGAUAUUGCGUGGAUCAGGACAAUAUUUUCCAUGUGAUCGUAGUGUCGUAAGUAUAACGACACAUUUUUAGAGCAACAGAAACCGUGGUAAGUUUGUCAGUACUUCUCUAGAGAGACCCUGAACUCAUAACUGGCAUAAAUAGGUCCCCAUCAAACAUGUGACCAGUCUGGUUUCUGCCUUCCUCUCACAUUGUGGCUCCUAUAUUCAUAGUUCACACCCAAGGUCUCUGUGAUCCUGGUGUACAUGAUGUGGUAAAUAUGGUCAAACCAAAAUGAUUCAGGUUUAGCAAUGUGAAAAAGUUUAAUAGGUGGGUAGGGUUUCACUCAAAACUUAUACAAUAUAGGAAAAUGCUUCGUGGUCAACUUCACACAUAUUGCCGCUUUAUGCCUUGUGGAAGCAAGUACAUUUCUUUAAAUUGCAUAUAUUUGAUACCAAACACAAGAUCAAUAAUUAUAAUGAAUAUUGGUUCUUCGUGAUGCAGGAUUUAGAUUAGAAGGACUAAAAUUAAUUUCAUUUAAAUUUUUCAUCGAUAUAACAUCUUAAGCGGCCAUACAAUUAACGUUGAAGCCAAUUUUCGUACAUGUUACUAAAGUAUCUAUUCUUUUUUACAGUGGUUGCAGGUUGCCUGCUGAACUUAAAUGCGGCCAUGUUGGUUCCAAAUUCAAUGAAAGAAGAUAUACGCCCGUAUUCUAAAAGCUCACUUACACUCACACUCAAUGAGUGGAAGUUCAAUCGAUAUCUGAGCUUCUCUCGAGUGUCAAUGCUGUUUUUGAAUAGCUGGAUGGUUAGUGUCGUACCUUACUAUGUGACUACUCACCAUCCAGCUAUUCAAAAACAGCAUUGACACUCAAGAGAAGCUCAGAUUUAACCUCCACUCAUUGAGUGUGAGUGAGCUUUUAGAAUACAGGCGAUAGUGAGAUUCGAACAAUAUUUUUAGUAUGAUUGACUGUUUAGGUAAUUUAUCAUAAAGAUACAGAAAUCUUGAAUGAACACUUAAAAGAGUAAAACAUUGUAUUUGGAGUGCUUGCUGCAUUAAAUAGUAUAAACUGGUAGGUGCAACUCUAUGACAGAUGCAUAAGAUUAGCACAAAAAUCCGAACUAAACCCCAGUCAAACGAGAAUGAGAGUCGAUGACAUUUUGCAGACACGAACUGUGACAGGGGCCAUUUUAAGCUGUUCCAAGCGUUCCAAGCGACGUUUUACUGAACUUGAAUAAAAUACAUGAUAGUGUUUCGAAAGCAUUAAGAACAGCUAACCAAGAUUUGGGUGACUGCCAACUCUCAUACACUCUCAUCCUUGGUUGAUUCGGGUUUCAGACUAUGAAUAUUCGAAAGCCCUGUCUUAACCUUCUCAAAAUGUAUUAAAUUCAUACGAGUAAUAAUCCGAGGCAAGUCAGUUUGCUUUAUACAGUCACAUAUUCAGUGAACGAGUUUGCUUUUGCCGUCUAUGUGCAUCAAAUUUAAACUCUUUAUAGUAUGUCUGACCAAAGAUUGUAGGCUAGCUGGCAGUCAGAAAUUUGUAGUUUUACGGUGGAUCGUUGGCCAGCAAGCUAAAGGUAGCGGAAGACAUUCUCAGAGUAACAUCGAUCAGCGAGAAAUCUCUACAAAUGCUGUUUGCUACUCACAAAUGAAUGCCCAAAUCUGUGAUUUCGGCUGAUUCGGACGGUAAUGAAAUUUUAGCGCCGAGACCUAAUUCCAGCGACGUUUGAAUGAAGCAUUAUAUUGAACUCACGUACCUUGAAUAUAGGGAGUUGACGUCCUAUUCCCAUAAAAUCUAUUUGUUUUGGUGUUUUACAGAUCAUUACGUCCAGCUUUUUGGUAGGGCAUUCAAUUUUAACAAUAAGUGAUUUCAAUAGUUUUCGGGUUUUUUGGGACACCCUGUAUAUGCUCGAGACGAUAAUCACGGAGUUGCAUGUAGAACAAAACAAAGUAUGUAUAUUAGCACUGUUUGUAAUCAUGCACUAUUGUUUGGCAGCUAACUUAAUCUGGAGACAAUAGAAAAAUGUUCAUUGAAGUCAAUCUUUUGUAUAGGGUGUCCCAAAAAACCCCCAAAACCCCCCCCUUUUGUAUAGGGUGUCCCAAAUUGUAUUGGUACAAAUUGAGCUAGGCUGAUAUGUCUUGUCACUUCUUGUAAUUUAUGUCAUGAUGUUUAUAUACUGUCACUUGAUAUGUGCUUGCGAUCUGCAAGUAGAAAGUUUAGGUGAUGUGCAGCCACUCCCAUGAGAUUCGAAGGACAAAGCGAUUUUCGCCAUGUUGGAUGAUAUUUGCAUUGCAAACAAGCAAAAUCCUUUGUCAAUGUCAUCCAACAUGGCGACGGGCUAACUUGCACACCACUUAUUCGUUGCCCGCUCUAACUCGAAGAAAAAUAUGCGCACUUCACAGAACAUUUAGCUACAUUUCUCCGUCAAAAAUAUAUUUCUGCGUGACUGAUAACUGAAAUACUACAGUACAGGUUUACACGCAUGAUUCCUAUCGCAUCACGGCAGAAAGAAAAUGCUUGAAAACGUCCCCUUUGUUGUAACAAUUUGAGUACGGUUUGUAAACGGAGCAAGAUGAACGCGAAGCGCUUGGUGGCUUUGUGUGAACAGUGGAAAUGGGACUUAAAAUUUACACGCGAAAUUUUCAUCAACAUUAGCCUGCGAACAGGCCCAACUGGGUUAGGUUACGCGCAGCACUUAAAUCACGCGGAAGUCACGAGGCUAAUUGUAUAGUUAUAUUAGGCAAAAACAUGGACUGGACUUGUGGACUCAUGGACUCGUGGACUCAAAAAUCUCAAACUCAUUAAUAAUGAUCAUGAGUAAAUUAAUAUAGCCAACCAUAUUACUUUAUUUUUCUCACAUGAUAAUAUUGGAUACCUGGCGAAGUAGGUUGAUCCAAUCCUUAGAAUCCUUCGUCUGGAUCGAAACUAAUUCAUUUAUUGGACUGGAUCAAUAUUAAUUCAUCUCACUUUGAGUAUAGUGAUUUAUUCGUAGUACGAGAUGUCAUUUCAAAUUCUCCAAUUCGGACUGGACUCGAUUGAUCCAAUUGCGCGGACUUGAAAUCUAGUCCAGUCCUCAUAUAGUCCAGCGGAAAAGUAAAAAAUCAUGCACUUUGUGAAGAAAGCACCCAAUUCACAGGAAGUGUAGAUUUUAACAUGAUAAUGAAUCUUAGAUAUGGAGGCAUCACCAAAAUUGACGCUGACGGCUUAAAAUUUAGGAUUUCUUAUGUUCUCUUAUUAAACUCUAUUACUGUUUAAAAUUGCGAAAUUGCAGGUUCACAUAUAAUAAAAAUGACUUGCAUGAUUAGAAAGCUUACAAAAAACUACAUAUAAGACUUUUAAACGGAUGAUUGAUUUUCCAAGCGGUUUUCCAGUUAUUGCUAUUUAAGAACGUGAUAAAUAGGCAAAAUUCCCGCCAAAGUCCUGAACACUAGCCCUAUAACAUAUUUUCAACCGCUCAUAACUCCAGAGGAGUUGGAAAAUCAAAGUAACUGCUUAUAAAUGUCUUAGUAUGCAGUUUUUUGUAAGCUUUCUAAUGAUGCAUGUCAUUUUUGCUAUAUGUGAACCUACAAUUUCACAAUUUUUAAUUGUAUAAGAGAUUAAUAAGAGAACAUAAGAAAUCCUAAAUUUUAAGCCGUCAGCAUGAAUUUUGGUGAUGCCUCCAUAUCUAAGAUUCAUUAUCCGAUGUUAAAGUCUACACUUCCUGUGAAUUUAGUGCUUUCUUCACAAAGUGCACGAUUUUCUCAAAUAUCUGUGCAUAUCCGCUGUAUAAUCUUCUUGACAUGAUUUGUUCGACUAGUGAUCGUUUGCUAAACAAUACAACCUUUCGAUGAGUUUUAAGACGGUCCGGAAAUAUCUGCGACAUUGUCAAAGCGGACAAGUGGAAGCGACUAAUAAGACGCUCCUCGCUGUAUUAAAUAUAAUUCUUUCCGCAUGUAUCUUCACUGUUUAGUGUUACGACAAUAAUAUAUGAAUAACAAAUUGCGAAUUUUUUCAGUUUUACAUUUUUUGAAAUUUCAGUCAAAAUUUGAAACUCAGUACAUGAGUUCAGCAGUCCAUGAGUCCAGACCAUGUUUUGUACUUUACCUUGUAAUGAUAAUCCGGAGAAUAUAAAUAUUGAAGUGAUAUUGGGGGCUUGCAAAAUCAACCAAAUUCACUAGUAAAAGGAAUAUUCAACAGUCAUGUAACUUACUGAAGACGGUAAGUUUUAUUUAAUUAACUCAGGGUUUUGAAUUUGUUGAUUAUUAUAGUAUACAGGCUCUUAGACAAAGAAAUUUUGUAAUGCGAAAUAUGGCUUGCCAAGUGCGUUACGUCUGUGCAAACCUCAGCGUAAACGUUGAGAAAUUCAGUCUAAAAAGUUCAAUAUACCCGUUCAAAAGAACAUAAAUCAGUCAUGGAUGAGACAAAGGAGGAAAACAAUGAAUAUAAUAUAAAAGUUUACAAAUAUUUUGAAUAUGUGAAAAUAUAAUGAGCAAAGCCGGAUAUUGUUGAGGAUAGCAUGACAUGCAAUACAGCCAGAAUUAACGUUGCUCGAAUGUGCACUUUUAGCAGUUGAAAAUCUAAGCUAAGAAAACACAGAAUUAACGAAAUCUGACGGAGAGAUGAAGAAACGAUUGGCUAAACUUCAAGACAAAAUUUCACCUUAAUUGGUCCUUAAACAAUGCCAUCAUUACAAGUCAAGCCGUCAAUUUUGUUUACUGCAUGGAUUAGUUUCGGCUUGUGGUAAACAGUCAAUGAGUCACAGACUACUUUCAAAACCCGGGUGUCUUCAUCCAUACUAACAACAUAUUAGAUUGUCUAAACAAAAAGUCUCAGAGUUUAUAUGCAUCGAUUUGAAAGAAUAAAUAUGCAUGGGGUUUUCCGCGAACCAAGACAUAUAUUAUAUUCAUCAUCGAAGGACGAAGGAACUUAUUUGCUUACUAGGUUUCAUAUUACACUAUCUGCAAGGUAGAUGUAAUGUUGUAUGUCAUCUCACAUAAUUGAGGCCGUUUGCCAUUAACGUUCGCUUUGCCCGCGCGGGCGAACCGUUCAUUGUUUUUGAAGCCCGUCACGCCCGCUUGAGCAGAUUUUCAAAGCGCGCUCCGCCCGCGCGGUGUCGAGGGUUAGAUGUCGAGGGCGAGGGUUAAAUGUCGAGGGUGAGGGUAAAAAGUGGAGGGUUAAAAGUCGGGGGUUAAAAGUCGAGGGUAAAAAGUCGAGAGUAAAAAGUCGAGGGUUAAAAGUCGAGGGUUAAAAGUCGAGGGUUAAAAGUUGAGGGUGAAAAGUCGAGGGUGAAAAAAUCACAAAUAAAAAUACAAUAUUAAUGUUAGGUAUCCGCUUUGGAUAAGGCCAUAACGACGUUUACGUGUCUUCUCGGCAGUAUUGUUAUAUGAGCACUUCUCAACCAAAUAUAAUCAAACCUAUAAUAUGCGUUCCACGCACAUAUACUAUAUAUACGAUACGUGGCGUCCUGAUGCAUUUGCAUGCAGCCGUGCAGACAGAAAUACAACAGUCCCGUAUAUGUUGUUUAUUUUCCACACAAACUACAGUAUAUUACGUACUAAAAUAAAUUAAACCGAUAAUGUAGGGAUUAAUAUCGCAACUUGUCAUCAACUUGAUAUAUAUAUUGUACAAGGUUCUUUGUAGUCCCUAUACAGUACUCGGGUCAUGAUCAACCAUGGCGACUAUGCAUGAGUGUGCUGCUACAACCACAAAUAAUAUCAGUCAGAAUCACUUUUGUAUGGUCUUUUCAAAGUUUAAAGACUAUCUAACACGUAAUGUCAACGGCAGAAUCAAGUGGCUGGGUGAUUUUGAGAAUUUGAAGCAUUUUAUGGCAGAAUUAUAUGAUGCUGGAGGUGUCUGGAACUCGCCCGGGGGAAGUGCUAAAGUAUUUCUUUAUGAUCAAAUCAAGCUUACAUUGUAUGCUGACAACAACUCUAUGAUAUUUAAAGGUGUUGAUGGCCAAAUUCUGGAACGAUUGGUGAUUUCUACGCUAGAAACUGGCGUGCUAGAAACUGGCGUUUUAUUAACGCACGUGCAUAGUAACGGCGAUCUUGAGUUAAACACAUCAAAUAUUGAAGUUUGUGAUAAAGACAAGGUCGAAAGCUACUUUAAAGAUUGUUCUUCUCAAACGGUGAAUCAUCAUGAAAGAUGCACGAAUUGUGACCGAUUAUCAACAGAACUGACUGCUGUUGUAAAGAAAAUUGAUGGAUUAUAUGAGACUGUGAACAAAAUCUUCGAGUUGGUAUGUAUGAAAUCAAACUCAACAUUACUCACUGGCACGAUUAUGCAUGACCUCGGGCUAAAUACAGAUUUUAGUUCUGCUAAAGAUACAAACAGUAAUUUGCGAACUGUUUGUGAACUUUCUACAGAUCUCGAAGGAGUUAAGUUGGAUGCUGUUAUUACGAAGUCUAAACUUUCUAAAAACAUCCAUUCAAACCACGAAAAUAUUAACAAAAACAUGAAAUUGAUUGAUAAAUUCUCUCAUGAACUGGCUAUUAUGCAGUGCGAACAACAAGAUCAUUUUCGAAAAAUUUCUAAACAUGACUUAGUAAUUAAUCAAUUAAUUCAUCAUUUGGAAACUAUUCAAAGUGAGCAAGGAAAACACAAUCAACAAAUUAGUGAACAAUACACAAGUAUUGAACAAACAAGAGAAGGAUUAGCCGUUAUGCAUGAUGAACAUGUUUUGAAUCACUCAAGCAAGAACUCGUCAGAAAUAAUACAAAGCAAGGAAAUAAAAAAUGUAAACGUUAACAGCACCUCCAGUCAUGUAAUUAUUGUACAUGACACAACCUCCUCGGCUAUGGAAACAAUACCCAAUCAAGACAAACUAUAUGACUACAAUGUCCAUUGCCCGGUUGGUAAUAGCGAUCGACCUUUAACAGAGAUCAUCGACCUGUGUGAAGAUGUAAUUAGUAUUGAUCCAGAUAAUAGUUUAAACAAAACCCUGCAGGAAAACUGUUCAUUACUUAAAACCCCAACAGAAGACCAACAAAGUGUUAUAUUAAAAUCAACCCACUGUAAUGAAGCAGCGGAAUCAGGGUGUGAAAUUAAUACUAUUACUAAUCUGGCGAAUGGCGAAUCUGUUGCUCCCGAAACAUACCAAUCGAACGAAGAAUUGUCUCAUUCCAUGCCAGCGAAAACAGUUAAUUCAACUUUAAAAACGCAAUCAGAAAAAUCGGGUCCCUCCGAACAGGUCAGGGCAAAAAGCAGUGAAUUAGUUUUCGGACAAACGCCAAAACAAAACACCGCAAAUCAACAAGCUAAUAACCGCCAAGACUGCCAACCUAUCCCAACCCGUAUCACUCAAAGGAAACAUUCAAAGAUAAAGGAUAUGAAACUAUCUAAGAAACGUAAUAAACGAUAUAACAGUCUGGCAAGUCACGAUGUGGAAACUUUACAUGGAAAUCGGCAAUCGGAAGAGGUUUUUCGAAUACAUACGAAGCGAAGAGACAAACUGAAGUUUUAUCAAUAUUAUUAUUAGAUGAGGUCAUGGACAAGCCCUGUCAUACUGAGUUAUUGACAUCAGUCAAUAACUCAGUAGGUAAUAAUGAUAAUCCCUUCCAUUAUUAUUCUACUAUUGAUCCCAAUUCUGGGAGUAAUCCGCACAAUCUCACCCAUGUUAGUCUAGAAGAACCAUCGCAAGACGAUUCGCUAAGUAAUAAUGGUGUAAAAUUUUGUCUCUUAAAUGCUCAGUCUCUGAAAAAUAAGUCGGCUCAGUUCACUGACUUUAUAUGUGAGCAUACACCUGACCUCGUCGCGGUCACCGAGACAUGGUUUACGAAUAGAGAAUCUGCUGUUAAGACCUUAUCUACUCCUUUAAGCUAUAAGUUUUUUGACGAACCUCGCCUCAACCGCCGAGGAGGCGGUACUGGAUUAUUAUUUAAAGAAAAUAUCUUAGUUACUAAAAUUGCUGGUGGCGAACGACAAUCGUUCGAGUAUUCUGAAUGGAAAGUUAAAUUCGCCUCUCAGAGAAUAUCAGUCAUUAUCAUUUAUAGACCACCUUACUCUGAAACCCAUCCUGUUACCACUUCUGUGUUUUAUUCAGAGUUUUCUGAAUACUUAGAGUCAGUUGUUUUAAACGCUGACCCCGUUUUAAUUGUUGGCGACUUCAACAUUCAUGUCGACUGUGAUGAUAACAUGAUGCUGUUAAAUUACUUGAGCUAUUUGACAGUGUCGGACUUGAUCAACAUGUACAUACUCCUACUCAUUUUAGUGGUCAUACCCUUGAUCUUAUUGUCACCCGACAAACUGAUCAAAUCAUCGCUUCAUCUCCUAGAGCUGACUGUUUGUUUUCUGAUCACAUGCCAGUUUUUUUGUCAAUUACAACUGGACAAAGUUCCUGGAAUUAACUCAAAAGUUUCGUAUCGCAAUCUCGCUGCCAUAAGUCUGGAUGCCUUACGGAAGGAUUUGUCCAACUCUAUCCUCUGCGAAAACACGGAAUCAUUUGAUUUACACGAACUUGUAAACUGUUACAAUAACACAUUGAACUCAAUCCUAGAUCAGUAUGCACCGUUGAAAACAAAGACUGUCACAAAAAGACCUAUCGUCCCUUGGUUCGAUGAGCAAGUUAAGGCUGCUAAGCGGCAAAGGAGGAAAGCAGAAAAGAAAUGGAGAAGGACAAAGUUGAAUACUGACUUAGCUGAUUAUAAACUGCAGAAAAACCAGGCAACAUUUGUCAUGAAUUGUGCUCGGAAAGCGUUCUAUACUAAUUUUAUUUCUCAAAACAGUACUAAUCAAAAUUCUCUUUACACAAAGAUCUGAUCUUCUGUUUCCUGAAUAUGGGGACCCUGAUGUUCUGGCUAAUGAUAUUGGGGAAUUUUUUGUCCAGAAGAUUGAGCGCAUCCAUGCUGAGUUUGAUCCUUCUGCCCCUGAAACAAACCAUUCGUCUGUCCCAGAAUUUACUGAGCUGAUGUCCCGAUUUGAUUCCUUUGCCAUCUUAAAUGAAGAAAAUGUUAAAGAUUUGAUAUCUAAAUCAACUAAAAAAUCUUGUACUCUGGACCCAAUGCCCACUUCAUUGGUUUUAAAAUGUCAAGAUAUUCUUCUUCCUGUGAUUACCAGGAUGAUCAACCUAUCAUUGCAAUCCGGUGUGUUUUGUGAUGAAUGGAAGCAAGCAUUAGUUCAGCCACAGCUUAAAAAAUCAAAAACAGAAACGAUAUUUGAGAAUCUUCGCCCUAUCAGUAAUCUGACAUUUACAUCUAAAUUAACAGAACGUGCUGUUUUCAAUCAGACAAACGACUACCUGAAUUUAUACCAACUUUAUCCAAAGGCACAAUCGGCUUAUCGCAAGCAUCAUAGUACGGAGACGGCUUUACUACGUGUUAAGCAUGAUAUUUUAAUGAACAUGAACCGUCAGCAUGUUACCUUACUCGUAAUUUUAGAUCUGAGCGCUGCAUUCGACACUGUCGACCAUAAUAUAAUGCUCGAACGACUGAAAUCCAAUUUUGGUAUCCAAGAUCAAGUACUGAAAUGGUUUACCUCUUAUCUUUCUAAUCGUUCGCAAUUUAUCUCUGUAAAUGGUGGUACAUCCAAGCGUUUUGAACUCAAAAAUGGCGUACCUCAAGGAUCGUGUCUUGGCCCACUUUUGUUUGUUUUAUACGUGUCCAAAUUAUUCCAGAUUUUGGAGAGUCACUUACCUGAUGCCCAUGCUUUUGCCGAUGACAAUCAACUGUACGUUUCAUUUCAACCAGAUUCAAUGUCCGAACAACUGUCUGCGGUUACUGUCAUGGAAAAUUGUAUUGAUGAUAUUAAAACAUGGAUGCUAAAUGAUAAACUUAAACUUAACGACGGUAAGACUGAUUUUUUGCUUAUCGGUACACGACAACAGCUCGAAAAAGUCAAUUUUGAUAUUUUACGUAUUGGCGAUUCUUAUGUCACAGCGUCUAGUGAAGCUAAGAAUCUAGGAUUUUGGUUUGAUUCCCAAAUGAAAUGUGAUAUCAAUGUGAACAGAUCCUGUAAGGCGGCAUUCUUCCAUUUAUUCAACAUCAGACGGAUAAGAAAAUUCCUGACACAUGAAACCGCUCAAAUACUGAUUAAUUCAUUUGUGACAAGUCGUUUAGACUACUGUAACAGUUUGUACUAUGGUUUGCCUGCGAAUCAGCUUAACAAACUUCAACGCGUGCAGAAUGCAGCAGCGAGACUGAUAUGCAAUGUCUCACGGUUUGACCACAUAACACCAACCUUGAUGGAUCUACACUGGCUGCCAGUAAAAUUCAGAAUUGACUUCAAAGUUUUACUAAUUGCUUUCAAGGCACUCCACGGUUUGGCACCUGACUAUAUCUCUGAGCUUAUAACCAUCAAACCUCCAUCGUCUUAUAGCAUGAGAUCGAAUUCGAAACUUUUGCUCCAGAAGACUACCCUUAAAACAUUACCGACUCUUGGUGAUCGUUCGUUUGGAUGUGCAGCGCCAAAGUUGUGGAAUGAUUUACCUUUAUGCAUCCAGCAAGCUGAUUCCAUCGGGAGCUUCAAGAAACUCUUAAAGACACACUUAUUUAGGAAAGCGUAUUAUAAUAUUUUAUAACAAAACAGUAUGAUUUUAUCAAUAAUAAUAAUAUCUUAGCUUCUACGAAACUAAUAGUAUAUAUACUCAAAACUGAUUAUUAAUGAAUAGUCUGGACUGUCUUAACUAUCUUUUAUCUUUUAUAUAAAUAUUUAGAUUUUGUUUUAUACCACUGUCAUGCGCAUGUGAGCAUAUCCGAAUGGAACUUGGGCAACACAAAUUAAAUUAUUAUUAUUAUUAUUAUUAUUACUGUAUGCGCUAGUCUGCGCACAGACUGUCUCUUCCCCCCCGUGGUGGAAGGAUUACAGUCUGCGACCAUUUGUCACUAAUGCUGUACAGUGACGUAGACGUAUAAAUAAAUAUAAUAUUGUGCACUUCAGCACUUUAAUGGCUUUCUAAUUUUAUUAUCCAAUCAGGUGCGUUACUUUAAAUAAAACUUAUAUUAUGUAAACAAGGUCAAUAGACAAUAGACAAGGUCAAGCAAAACAAUACAACGAAAUCGAAAUAUAAACUCGCAAAAAAAUAUGCCAGUUUUGUAAAUUCUACCAAAUUUAUUCAUCCCAAAAGAUUAAAUGCUCUUUUGUGUGGUAAUGUCUUUCCUAACAGCACCCAGAAACUUUAUGUAAUCGGUAAAACCGGUAUACUUGUCUCGAAAUUAGCUAAGCAAAUUUAUGCAAGUAUAAUUUUGAAACGAACCAAUGAAAAACUGCCCAUCAUAUUUCGUUGGUAGCUGUACGGCAUUGGCGUCGAAUGACAGCAGACUGUAAUCCCGCGCGGGAGCGGGAUGCAGUCUGCGAGCAGACUAUGUAUGCGCUUAAUCGGCUAAUUAAAUUAUUAUUCCGCAAAGAAACUAAUUAAGGGCCUGUUCGUAUGGGCAGAAGUUAUCCUGGCCUACGGUGUAGACCCCAGCAGAAACACGUUUCGUGGGGGGUCUACGAAUAAACGAAGAAAAGCUUGCCCGGCCCACGUCAUAUCCGUUUACGUUUUGGGUAAAUUAACUUGAAUUUAUUCAAAUUUCUGAAGCGUGCGCAAAUGUAAAUUUUCAUUUGACGCUUAUUAAAAUGUUCCAUGGCGGUUAUUUGCUUCAAAGUCAGUGAAAGUCCCGUCGAAUAAAAGCGAUAUUAAUUUCUUGGACAGCAAGGAGAACAUACGUAAGGAGUUAGACGACCUUUCCUUCUCCAUUUCACCUACAAAUAGCAUUUGUAAAGCAUGCCUGGUGUUGGUAAACAAACGGUGAAACGGAGAAGCUUCAAAGAACGGUUUAAUAUGUGAGCCAGACAACACGAUAACGAACGUGCACGAAACAGCAUUAAACGCUAUUGGUAUACCACUUAAAGUAAAGCGAAAUGUGAGGAAACUGGGAUUCAAGCCGACUUGCGAGUUGCAAUAAAACGUUUAUGCCGGCUACAUUUAGUGUGAAUUCAACUUUGCCUUCGACUUCAGAAAUUGGAUGUCUUGACAAGCUUCAAGCCUUCAACAGCCUAACAGUUUGUACUUUUUAGUCUGUUUGGACAUAUGUUUAAUGGUUGGGUAUAUAUAUAUAGUUAUGGUAUAUAUAUAGUUUGGCUGUUUGGGUAUAUAUAUAGUCAGGGUAUAUUUUAUUGCACAAAGUCCGGCCUAGCCAUGGAACAUUUUAAUAAGUGUCAAAUGAAAAUUUACAUUCACGCACGCUUCAGAAAUUUGAAUAAAUUGAAGUUAAUUUACCCAAAACGUAAAACGGAUAUGACAUAGGCCGGGCAAGCUUUUCUUCGUUUAUUCCGAAAAAACUUUUCGACCAGUUUACGAGCAAGAUCUUGCCUUGUUACGAAAAUAAUAUGAAAAGUUACAUUGCGUUCAUAUGAGACGAAAAGUUUUCCCGUGUACCGAGAUCUCGCUUGUUGACAGGCGAGAUCUCGGUGACCGGGAUAAUGUUUUUCCCAUAUGAACACAACUUUCCCAGUUAGCGGGAUAACUUUUUGUCGUCUCAUUAGACUGGAUCAAUAUUAAUUCAUCUCACUUUCACGCUAGUGAUUUAUUCGUACGAGAAUUCGGACUUGGACUAGAUUUCAACUAGUCCUCGCAUUUUGAUCAAAUUGUGCGGACUUGAAAUCUAGUCCAGUCCUCAUAGUUGGAUUUGAAGUAUUACUUCAACAAACCAAAACCAGAUUUGAAACUGAAAUAAAAAUUUUCAACUGACGUUAUUCAUAUUUUUACGGCGUCACCUGUCUAAAACCUCUAUGAACCAACUGACCGACCGAUAUUGAAUCUUUGUAUGUUAUCCAUCGCCACGGAUUCAACAAUUACCAGCAACAACUUUACUGUAUAAUCUUUUUGACAUGAUUUGUUAGACUAGUGAACUAGUAGUGAUCGUUUCUAAACAAUACAACCUUUCGAUGAGUUUUAAAACGGUCGGAAAUAUCUGUGACACUUUCAUAUAGCGGACAAGUAGAAGCGACUAAUAAGACGCUCCUCGCGCUGUAUUAAAUAUAAUAAAUAUAAUUCUUUCCGCAUGUAUCUUCACUGUUUAGUGUUACGACAAUAUGAAUAACGAAUUGCGAAUUUUUCCAGUUUUACAUUUUUCGAAAUUUUUGUCAAAAUUUGAAAGUUCAGUCCAUGAGUUCAACAGUCCAUGAGACCACACCAUGUUUUGUACUCUGCCUUGUAAUGAUAAUCCGAACAAUAUAAAUAUUGAAGUGAUAUUGCGGGCUUGCAAAAUCAACCAAAUUCACUAGUAAAAGGAAUAUUCAACAGACAUGUAACUUACUGAAGACGGUAAGUUUUAUUUAAUUAACUCAGGGUUUUGAAUUUGCUGAUUAUUAUAGUAUACAGGCUCUUGGACAAAAAAAUUUUGUAUUGCGAAAUAUGGCUUGCCAAAUGCGCUGCGUCUGUGCAAACCUCAGCGCAAACGUCGAGAAAUUCAGUCUAAAAAGUUCAAUAUACCCGUUCAAAAGAACAUAAAUCAGUCAUAGAUGAGACAAAGGAGGAAAACAAUGAAUGUAAUGAUAAAAGUUUACAAAUAUUUUGAAUAUGUGAAAAUAUCAUGCUCAAAGCCGGAUAUUGUUGAGGGUAGCAUGGCCAAUACAGCCAGAAUUAAUGAAUGCUCGAAUGCGCACAUUUAGCAGUUGGAAAUCAAUGCUAAGAAAACACAGGAUUAAAGAAAUCUGACGGAGAGAUGAGGAAACGAUUGGCUAAACUUCAAGACAAAAUUUCACCUUAAACCAUGCCAUCAUUACAAGUCAAGCCGUCAAUUUUGUUUACUGCAUGGAUUAGUUUCGGUUUGUGGCAAACAGUCGAUGAGUCAAAACCCGGGUGUCUUCAACAAUACUAACAAUAUCCUAAAUUGUCUAAAUAUAAAGUCUCAGAGUUUAUAUGCAUCGAUUUGAAAGAAUAAAUAUGCAUUGGGUUUUCCGCAAACCAAGACAUGUAUUAUAUUCACUAUGAAAGGAACUUAUUUGCUUACUAGGUUUCAUAUUAACUAUCUGGAAGGGAUAUGUAAUGUUAUAUGUCAUCUGACAUAUUUCGACCACACAACGCCGGCGCGUUUGGAAACGCCGUAGAAAAAAUGAAAAGUCGCACUGCGCCAGAGAGAGCUUGUUUAAAAACGUCAGUUUUACCGUAAUGAUUUGAAUACGGUUUGUAAGCGAAGCGAGAUGAACACGUCGCACUUCGCGGUUUUGUGUGAACAAUGGCUCCGUCUUUACUAUGCUCCAGUUUGUACCCCAGCUUAUAAGAAUAAAUGGCGCAUUGAGCAAUGGCGCUAAAAUUUUGACCCUAUUGUGACAUGACUAUUAAUUAACAUGGCUGUUUUCGUCUAUUAGCUAUACUAGUCAACCUGUAGCGUUAUUUGGAAAACGCGGAUAUGUGGACACGGACAUGCGGACACGGAACAUUCAGAUAUGCGGACAUGAAAUUUACUAAAGUUCAAAAACGUUUCAUCGGCAAAUUCGAGAUGAACCAUCAACAAGAAGGAUAUUUAACUUUAAGUCAUAGGCAGUUCUAUCCACAAUUCAAAAAUUAUGUCAAUGGAUUCACUGUAGACAGGAUAUAAGCCGAAUCAUAAUGUCGACUGCGCAUGCAAAUAACGCAUUCUGCGCCUGUACUGUAGCUUAGAUUAGAAGAUUUAAAAUAUGCAUAUCAAGUAUUCAACUGGAAUAUUUUGGUAUGCAUAUUUUAAUCUCUCAGUUACAGUUAUCAUUCAACUGACAGAGAACUCGGCGCAAUUCUGCUGUGCGAUGAUAUAUAAAUUAUAAACAGAUUGAAAGAUCUCCUCUCUUUUACAUUGUGGCUUUUGUCUACAAUUUGUUCCUUUUUCUAAUAAUUAUAGGUACUGCAAUCAUGGCAUCGUCAGUCCUUGAGAGUUCUGUAGAAAAGAUCUAUGGUUUUAAGUUGAUGAGGUUGAUUGUUGAUGGAGGAACAGAGGUGUUGAGAAACAUCUUCUUAAGCAUACAUCCAGGUAAUUUGCAUGCAGUUUUGUCCACUCAUUGUCCUACACUUUAUCCACUGUUUAAGACUAAGAAAAUAAUCACACAACCACAAUGGGAUAAACUGUACCCACCUCACCCUAGCUUUCCAAAUAUUCAAGAAUUUGAUAUAACAUUACUUGUUAUCCUGUUAAGAAAUAUUUGUAGUUUAUCUCCACCUAGUACAGGGUGGAAUGUUAUGCCAGGUUCCACUGAGAAUUCUCGUGAAGCGAACAUUGUUCGUAUUAGGCUGUUUCGCAAUAAUUUCUUUGGUCAUGUCCCUGGCACAGAUGUUAGUAGGUUAGAUUUUGAGGCUCAUUGGGUAGAUGUUAGUUCGGCUUUACGUAGUUUGGGUUUAAAUCAAGACGAAAUUGACAGAUUGAAGGCUGAGGAAUGUGGAGAGGAGGAAGUGAAUCGUGUCAGAAAAGAAUGGAAUGAAAGUGAUAAGGAAAUAGUGAUAAAACUAGACCGAAUGGAAAAGAAGAUGGAAUCAAAAUUUGAUUCCGGAUUUGAAAAAGUAUCCAAAAAGAUUGAUGAAUCCUUGAUACAAGUUAAGUCUUCCACAAAAGACAUCCUUAGUGAGUGCCUUCAUGAACAUGAUUUUAAAGACGAAAUACAAUCGUUUUAUGAAAACUACACACAAGGCACUCGUGAGUGGGUUUUUGAUCAUGUAUCAAAAUGGUUAAAUGGCAAAUCGUCUAAUAAUCGUGCCUUUAUUAUUUCUGGUCAAGCUGGAAUGGGUAAGUCUACUAUCGCCGCAGUUACAUGUAAACGUUUCCCGGAACAUUUUGGAGCUUGCCAUUUUUUCCAAUAUAACAAUAGCAGGUACAAUGAUCCAAAGUUUUUCCUCCAGUCGUUGGCAUGGCAGCUAUGUCAUGUCAUUCCCGAAUAUAAGCAAAACCUUACUAACAACUUAUCUGGUAAUAAAGCGCAGUUGUUGGAUGACCAGAACAUCGAAGGGAUGUUCUCGAUGUUGUUUAAAGAACCAUUUACAAACAUUCCCGAUCCAGGUAAUCAUUUUUUAAUCGUAAUAGAUGCGUUAGACGAAUGCCGGCAGAAAGAAAAGCAGAAGCUUGUUGAUUUAAUAACCAAUCAUUUUCACAAAUUUCCCAGAUUUAUUCGAUUUUUAAUCACAACCCGACCAGAAACAGAUAUUGCCCGUAAAUUCCAAGGAUUAAACCCGCUGUUUCUAGGGCCAGAUGAUGAACGGAAUUUAAUGGAUCUUCGACAUUUUUUUGAGGAUAAAUUGGCGACCAUAUCUGAAUAUGUUCCAAGUGGAGAGAUUGUCGAAAAAUUAGUUAAAAAAUCUGAAGGUCUGAUGCUCUAUGCAUCUUUUCUUUGUAAACUUUCUGAAAACGGCUCCAUCAUAUCUAACACUGAAGACUUACCUGGAGGUAUUGAAGAGAUCUACGAUAAGUAUUUCAAUCGUCUUGAAAAGGAGCUUAGAGAUCUAGGUAUUGAUGAGAAACAAUUUUUAAAAUUUUUAAGCGCAAUAUUAGUUUCAAAACAACCGCUUCCAUUAGCACUUCUGGAAAGAUUACUUAGCUCUGACAGAGAUUUGUCUAGUGCGUGCAGAACGUUGCUGAAAUUGAUUAAUUGCCUCUCUUCGCUCCUUGUCAUCAAGGAUGAAUCCGUGUCGUUUUUUCACAAAUCAGUAAAAGAUUGGUUAGUAAAACCAAAUCAUGAUUUUACAAUCAUUGAGACAUAUGGCCAUAGAGUGCUCGCGGAUAUUUGUGUUUUUCAAAUGGAAACAUUGAAGCAAUACGAAGUUAACUUAACAUUUGAUCUUGCUAUCGUCUAUGCAUUGCAGUACGGAAUACAACAUAUAUUAGAGGCGGAAGUAAAAGACAUACAUUCUCUGACGAAAUUGAUAGAUUGCGUCACAGACUUGGAAAUUGUGCAUACGAGUGUUUGUAUUGAUAUUUACACAACUUUAAGCAAUCUUUCUACCCUAGAAAGCUACUACAAUAUGCACAACAGCUUAAUAUGUGAGGAAACGCAAACUACCAUAAGAACGCUCAUCUCUAUAAUAAGAAAGUUUACAUACAUAUUAAAAAGUGCUCCACGGUCAUUUUUGCAGCAUGUUGUCAACGAAAAUGAUGACGUACUUUCACCCAAAGCAUCUGUCUUGUUAAUGACCCGCUACAGGGGGCUUGCAUAUUUCGAAUCGGAAGACGAAAUGGAAAAUAGUGAAAAGGCUAUGAUAGCUCGUAUUUUAACUGGAAACGAAAUUUUUGAUAUUGAUAUUUCACCGUCAGAAGAUUUCCUCAUAUGUGGAUAUGAAAGAGGGGUUGAGAUGUUCGCUCUUCCUGAUUUCGUACCCCUUUGGAGAAUUGACGAUUUUGUUGUAGAAAGGAUUUUGGCUUGGGGAGAAACUAUUCGUAAAAUAGUACAAUCUCGUUGCAUUGUUUUUCACCCUCUUAAAAACAUAAUUUUUCCCGGGCAACUUACUCCUGUACUUAAUUUCGAAGGAAAAUUUGAAUCUGUACGGAUUGUGUGCAAAGAAGUACCCAAUAAGUUUACAAGUUGCUGCUUUUCUCACGAUAAAACGACAAUGGUAACAAAUUACGGCAUUCAUAUGACAGUUUGGAAUCUACUUGAAAAUAAGAAAAUAGUAAGUCUUUUGUGUCGGUCAGAAUUAUUUUCCGUUUUGUUCUCGGCUAAUGACAGAUUUAUUGGAACAACAAACAUUAACGAGUUGUGUGUUUACGAUACUGAGAAUAGUUACAGCAUGGUAUUAAGGUCUUUGGGGGAAGACUAUUUUUCCUUAGUUUCAACGUUUCGCUCAGAUUCCUGGAUUGGUUAUAGGCUACUAACUUCUUCUUACACCAUAGAAACCGAAAUUGUUCAUUAUGAUCUAACAAUUAAACAUACUUCAACACAAUUUUACGAUAUUUCAACAUGCCCACGUAACGCGAGGGCUGACGCUGAAUUCCAAGCGCUAAUAGUGGAAAGUGAUGACUCCUCAUUGUUUGACGAACUAAUAGGCACCAAUGCUAAUUUUUUUAUCCUCCGUAAAUGAAAGCGUUUUGCUUUAUAGAACGUUCUCAAAGGAAAUAGAAUUGUUUAGGCUAACUAUGUUGAUCCAGAAUUCAAACAAGGAAAAACAAGCAAAUAAAUUUAUUUUUCCUUUAAGUUUAUGUUUUUCUGUUUCAGUGGACGGAAGAUAUAUUUACGAAUGUGACAAAACAAGAGGUUGUUCUAUAGUAAAGCUUAGUUGGCCUCGGUCAGUAAAAUCCAUUGCCGGUUCUCGUAUGAUGCCAAUAAUAUACGACUGUAUAGCACGUACAUCUUUUGUUCCGGUAACAAAUGGCGUGUUCGUUAGCGGAGAGAUAUUGAAUGUAUUAUCUACAGGUAGAUAUAAUUUGUUUAAAGGCAUCCCUGAGCUGUGGAAUUUUGGAGUGACGCAACGUCUCGCCAGUUUUCCUGAACUGACUGGUACUUAUUAUUGUCGUUCAGUCACACAAGAUUUAGUAGCAUGUAUUAUGGAGUCGCAGGUUUGUUUUUUUAAUGUUCUGAAAAAAACAAUAGUAGCACGUACACCAUUUCCUAAACACAUUUUAAUACGUCAUGACACCUCUAUGACGAGCGUGAUUGCAUGCAGUAGUCUAUAUCAUGUGCUGAUGCGAGAAGGAAACUCUAAAUAUUUAUUACAAUAUGCGAACAGUGUAGAUUUAAAUUCAUGUGUAUUUAACAAUAUCAUCCCGCAAGUCGUUACUUACAAUGUAGGUGCUGCUUGUUUCUCUCCUAAUGGACAGUCGCUGGUAAUUCGCAUCAGGAAAAUAUGCUAUAUCUUAGACAUUGCUACACUAAACAUUCGUGGCGAAGUUUCUCUCUAUGAAGCACCACAAUCCACAUUUGCAUUUGUGGACGAGGAACACCUUCUUUGUGGAGGAUAUGAAGAUUGCUUGUGUUUAAUCAAUGUCAAAACUUGUGACAUAUUAACUUGCAUCAGUUUGGGCAUGCGUCGUUUGGGCGAGGCUUACAAUCCAUGUGGUGUUUUUGCAUGCCGCAAUACAGUUGGUAUUAUUGUUUACAGCCACAAGUACGAAAAAUUAAAACUAAUUAAACUUUGGUUGCCACAGGAACGUAAAAAUGCGAAUGAAUUACUGGAAUGCUCUUGCUGGAUACACGGUGGGAAUAUAAAUGACCCGCCCACCCCGACUGAAAUUCCCAAAACGUGUUGCAAGUGUUCUAUCAUAUAAUUUCACAUACGGUAAACUCUCUCUUCCGCAGAGGCUUACAUGAAGUUUUUAGUGAGGGAAAA